GGAAUAGGAGGAACUGGGGGAGGAAGAAGAGGCGAAGGAAGAGGGAGGGGAGAAGGAAGGGAAGCAGUGUGGAGCAUCCACAUGCCUUCCUGGGUAUCUUCCUACUCUGGUAACUAACGUAUGGUAUGAACCCAGGGCUGAUAUGAAAGAGAAUCACACAGGUUUAAGAUGGAGGCGGUAGGGGUCAUUGGGGCUAUACUGUGGGCUCUUGACUGCAAUGAACUAGGAAGAGAAGUUGGAUCUUAUGACAAAAAGCCAAGCUGAGACCUUCCAUGUGAGUCUGUCCUCUGCAUUUCAAGCAUCCAUUAUGUAUGCAUAGUCAUGGGGAGACAAGUUAGCAGGGGCUCUCUGUUUACUGGUACUGUGAAGUCAAGGCAGGGAUUGUCCUACAUUCUAGGAAGAUUUGAUGACAAUAUUAAGCUUAGAGAUGGGUGGAUGUUUGAUAAUUACUGUUUUGAGCAACAAGUAGCUGGGGCAGGUUAUGUGUACAAAGAUGAACGUGUGUUCCCAUUGGUCUAGACUGCACAGAGCAGGGUAGACUGGAGAACUAGAGCAGGCAUUCUAGAUAGGAAGCUCUUGCAAUUUGCGGGCGGGAGGGUGGGGCCAAGUCCAAGCAUAGGUGAGGAAGACCACACAAUAACUAGGAGGCAAGACUGCUCAGGUGUACUGAUUGGUUGGUGGUGGGCAUGGGAACAAGGUAGGAAUGGUUUCAGAGCCCUACACUCCUAGAGGGACUCCAGUAUGGAGCAGUUGACACCAACACCAAAAUGAGAAUGGAAAGCAGCUUUUCAAGCUAGGGUGGUGGCAGUCAUUUUUGCCCUGUGAAAUUUGAGACUCUCCUGCCUAGAACUUGGGUGUGUCCUUAGGCCAGAAGCAAAGGUGGUUAGCAGACUCCUCUCUCCUCCUCUUCUUGAAUCACGGUUUAGCUUUCCCUUCACUGUUUUCUUUCCCACAAUAACUCUACGUGUGUAACUCUUUCUGAUGCAGUUUUACAAUCAUUAACUUAAUUUUCGCAUACAUACAUACGCACAUACUUACAUACAUACAUGGAUGGAUUAUGCAAUUAUAUGUACGGUCACGUUUAUGUGUGUGGGCACAAUUGUGCGUGUGGCACAGUGGUGCCAGGGCCCAAGGUUGGCACUGAGUGUUUUCCUCAGUCACUGCCCACUGUGUAUGUUGAGGCAUCUGGCUGGACCUGGUGCUUCCCUUUCCAGCGUCUCCAGGGACUGUGGUUCUGUGUCCCUUAUGAUGGGGUUGCAGGGGGCCCCCACACCACCAUGGUCUGCAGUGUGUUCUGGGGACCUGAACUCUCAUCCUCACGCUUCGGUGGCACCUCCCAGUUCAUGUUGUUUUGUUAUGCAAAAUGUUUGUUCAGGUUGAUAAGUACCUGAGAAUUCUGUUCUGAAGAGAAGGCUCCUGUCGCUAGGGUGAUUUCAGCAAAUGGACAGGAGCACCCCACGUCUCUGCAAAGGGCAUGCACAAAGGAGGGAGCUGGCUAGUGCUCUUGUCUUUCCAGAGAUGGGGAUUUCAACAACCAGGCUUACUGCCUCACCGAAACCCAGCAAAUUGAUUCUUCACUCCCAGAGGAUUAGCACAGCGCUCUCCCCACACCCCUCCUUGUCUCCCCUCCCCUCCCCGGUCUUCCUCUCCCUCUCCUUUUUCACUAAUGUCCAUCUCUAUGGGAAAUCUUAUUAAGGAAUCAUUAGUUUUGGCCAGAAACUGCCGCCCCCUUCUCCUCCCCACUAAGGAGAGAGAGAGAGAGAGAGAGAGAGAGAGAGAGAGAGAGAGAGAGAGAGAGAGAGAGAGAGAAGAAAGAAUUACAAGGCAGAAUUAAUUUUACUGUUCAUUGCUUGGAAUCUGUGACCACCUUGUGAAUCUUGACACACCACUUUUAUGGCUGAUUUUCAGACUGCCGUUUUCCCAUCCUCUUUCUUUGUAUUAUUUUCAUUAAAAAUUCCAUUAGCUAAAAAAAAAAAAUCAAUGUAAUCAUUUUGGUAGUAAUUAAUUCUUAGCAGUCUUCUAAAGGAGAAACGAAGGAAUAAAACUAGAAAGUGUUAAAAUAAGUAGAAAGUCGUGAGUUCUCUCAAGGGCCCCUUAGAAAUGGGGGUGUGGAUGGUGGAGGGGGACAUUCUGGCAAUCGGUCAAGGACGGUGGCCAAGCCAGUACUGACUGUCACCCGAGCUGCAUGGCUAGAAGCUUUCUUCUAAAGCCUGCGUAUCUUGAAGGAAGGUCUGCAAUGAAGCACUGAUAAAACCACCCUUUCCCAGAGGGCCACCACUCCCUCUGUGAGUUUUACUGAAGUGGUGGGAGCAUCAGUCUGCUAUAGCAUUUGGCACCUGAAGGGGGCUGAUGAACAUCCUGUGUAUUAUUGAUAUUAUUAAACUUGAUCAUGGUUCUGUGAGAGAAGUCAUGGGAGUCAGAUUCCAGAUUUGAAAAUAUUCCCGAAGAGUUUGAAAAGAGAAAGUGUGAGCUUAGUAUUUAGUGUUGUACCUUAAAACGUCCCCUUUAACUCAGAAGUACUCCCAUGUAGAGCACUUGCCUGGCUUGCCCCAGGCUCCAGGUUCAGCCCUCAGUACUGCCAAUAAAUAACUCAGAGGGGCUGAAGCAUCCUAGAUACUGCAGGAAGGGGCAAGGAAUUCUACUGGGUUCUCUGUGUGCCACCUUGGGAAGAUCUGUGUAUUCGACUUUAUCAGAACAGAGAAUACCAUGUUUGGGGGAAGAAGAAGAAGAAACCCUGCUUCUUUCUGUUAUGGAAAAAGUGCUGACCCUGCAGUUUCAUUCUCUAUAACCCAACCCCGCCUGGCAUUCACCUUUCAGGUGCACUCUGUGUAUUGAGCAUGUGAUCAUGCGCAGUGGGCACCACUGAAAACUUCUGCCCUCAUAUUUUACUUACUGACUGCCAUAGAUUUCUCCCCACGCAGACUUCUAGAGUGACUUUAAAAGGUCUCUCUCCAGUUUUAUGAAUUAGCUCAAAAAUUAGAGCACAUUAAUUUUCAUUUAGUGGAGUUUAAAAUAUUCAUAUCUCAUGUUUAGCAGACAAGCCUAAGUGUCUUGAAGUUGGUCUGGCUGCAGUGGAGGUGCCAGGGAGCAAUGGUUUGGAAAACCACCUGCGCUUGGUGUAUUUGUGUUUUCUAGGGAAUAGGUCGGAACAAAAUGUGUUUGUGCAUCAAAUGUUCAGAGACGGUAGGCUGUUUUUGUGGUGCGCCUGGCUUAUUGAAGCAACAUAUUUAAUGGGGAUGUGGUAGCUUGCUUUGCUGAGCACCAUGAGGGGGGCAAAGGAAAUGUGUCACGAACUCUACUCCAAGGAUCGAACUGUGCACUAGGAGAACAAAACACUCUUGUCUGAAAUUCUAAUGUUAAAUGUGGCAGUGUGUUAUUAAAAGGCAGAAUCAUUAAAAGGGGCAAGUGGUGCGUGUGUUCAGGAGAGGUCUUCUGGAAGAGGUCAGAGGUGAGAGCUGCCCAGAGGGGUCAUUAAGAAGUGAAUGGGCAGGGAGGGGCUGUGUGUGGCAAAGCUAGAUAGGGCAAUCCAGGGCGGUAAUUGCUGAUGUUUAAAAAGACUCCAACUUCAAAUCCUGAUGUCUCAUACAGACAACAGUUUCAUAAGCUGUAGCAUUCUGUCACAGCAAGUUGCACACUCAGAGCAUUCAGGAAUUCCAGCAGGGCAGAGUGCAUAGGAAAAGUGCUGUAGGUAUACACAAAGCAACCUCCAUAAAGCCAACUGCUGGCCGGCCAGCAAGAUUAACAAAACAGGCUUUACCUGCGGUCCUCUGAUGAGAGAGCAGCUUGCAGAGUCCGAGAGAGUUUAUGCACAGCUGUUAAAAGUGUGUUAGGCUGCUUCGGCAGCAUUUGAGAGCAGCCAGAGACACCUCCACAACAUCUUUAAGAUGGAACAGGCAGUGCGGACUCUCACGCAAAUGUCUUUACACACCAGAAGUAUGGUUAGCCAGUCUCCAAGAGACAACACCUAUGGCAGCACUGAUUACGGAAAUACUUUUGUUGAAAUGUCCUGGAGAUACUUGAGAUACUUCUCAAGGCUUAAUUUUCAUUUAACUUUCACUCUUAUUAUGCCGUGAGCCUUUGGUGCCCAUGGAAUGUAAAUUUUCUCUAGUGAUGGAAGAAAUCACUGGCAUUGCUUUUAAUAGCUUAAUGAAAAGUCUUGUUGCUUCUUAAAUUUAUAUUUUCUUGGUGAUUGACAAUAGGUCAAUAUUUUCUCUACUUUUUAAUAAGAAGAUUAAGAAAUCAAACACUUGCUUGAGUCCUCCCAACAACCUCAUUCUAUAUUGGGUCUAGAACCAGUGGGUGUAGUAUUAGUCUUAUGUUUAGUGAGGUGGUAAUCUUGGUACAGGGUGAAUGGCUACAUUUCCCAUCAGCCAUACAGUGUGAAAAUCCAGUUAUCCCAGGUGGAAGUUCCCACUUAACAAGUAGACCCAGUCAGUAGGCACAGAUGUCUUCUGUUGUUUGACAGGAAGAUCCUCUUUCUCACCUUCUCUGCCCCAUCUAAAAGUCUGUGGGGACUUUGGUCUUCAGAUGGUGGCACUAUUUUGGGAAACUAGGAGAUGGGGCUUAGUGGAGUGAGGUGGGUCAUAGGUGAAUCUUUGAGAUGCUGUCCUAUCCUAGGCCUUGACUUGAUUUCUUUCUCUCUUUCUAUUUCUCCACCAACAUUCUUGAUAACUUGAUGUAUCAAGUACAGGAGGCAAAGCAGCCAUGGGCUGAACUGUCUGAGAUCGACUCAUCAUGGAAUUGACUCCUUUUACAUUGUUCUGUUAGUGUAUUGUCUCAGAAGCCAUGGCUGAUGGACAGAAACAGAAGAAGAUAAAGUCAUAGGUGAAAUAGUAUUCUCUAACAGAAAGUCCAAGAUAACCAUAGCCUACUUGACAAUGACGUUUCUUUAUGUCACUUGGGUGAGAAGUACAGUGGUAAAUAAUUGAGAGUGGGCUUGGGAGCCCUGGGGGAGCCCUGGGGGUCUUCAGAGACCAAGGCUUUAUUCCCUGGUGCUCCAUUAUCUAGGACAUGACUGGCAUUUUCAAGUAGGAAAACAUGGCUGCUAGAGUUUGUAUCCCAUGUCCAGCUUGGAUUCAGAAGAGAGAGGAAGAGAAGAGUUAGCUGUGCCUCCUGGGACAGCUUCUCCUGAGAGAGCCUGCCCCUGAAUUCCACAGUCACCUCUCACUGACCUCCUAUUGGAAAGGAUGGGUGUGGUUUGAGCUACACAUCUGGCGAUUUCACACACAGUUGCUGUAUUUGAUUUUUUUUAUUUUACAUUAUUUUAUAAUAUUUUAUAUUCCUAGAGAUAAUGUCUCUUCCAAGGUCAUGUAUAAUUUAAAGAAUGUGCUAAAAUGUAAGAGCUUUUAAAUUCCCAAUGUGGAUGGACCUCUUUCUCUGGCUGAUAACUUACAUGCUUUAAUUAUUUAGGAAAAAGCACAUCACAUUUUUCCAGUGAAGAGGCUGCAGUCAAAGGCAGAGCUAGGGGCGAGGACUAUUUUGUUGGCCUUUGUCGUUGUUAUUGUUUUGAGCACACAGUACUCCUAGAGAGAAAAUAAGGAAACACGCCUUUAUCGCAGCUGAAAUGCUUGAUAAAGCCAAGUCAGGCAUGUUAUGGAUAUAUGACCCCAGGGAGUGUUUUCUGAACCAGGGUACAACAUUGGAAAUUCUCUGUUCCCAGCCAACCUCAACACUUUCUGAUAGAUCCUUAGGAACUCUAUUUCCCAUGAAGACUGAUUGUCCUUGUGUAUGGGGGUAAAUUAGGUGAAAGACAUGUCACUUCUGUACCUUCUGUAUGUGAUGUUCAUCUAAGCACUGUUAGCUUUCCAUUGUCAGCAGGGGGACAGACACACCAAUAGGGUGCAACCAAGGUAGAAACCGAUGCCUGACGUCUGAAGCUUCAUUACUAAGCAUACCAUGGACUUCAAAGUACUGUCCCUUUAGCCCAAUCCCCUUCGUCUUUAUGGACCUGCCCAGAAUCACUUGUGAUAAAAUUAAAGGGGUUACGAGAGAAUGCCAUUUUUUCAGUUGUUAGUAAAGUACACAGGGCUAGAAUGGAAUGUUCCAGAACGAAAGCUUAGAGUUGGGAGACCCUGUGUACUCACCUGAUUGAGAGCUUCUUUUUCAUAGAAAAGAAAACUGGGGAAAUGACUUGUCUGUAAGGUGCCUGCUGUGCAAGGAUGAGGGACUGAGUCUUGGUCCCCAGGACCCACACGGAAGGUUGAGCAUGAUCAUGUGAGUCCCUGUUAUCCUAGUGAUUCGGGCAGGAGACAGGUGGAUCCCUGAAGCUCACUGGCUAGCCAGUGCAGUCAAACUGGUGAGCUUUAGGCUCAGGUAGGAACCCUGUUUCAAAAACUAAAUCUAGAGAGCCAUUGAUGCAAGACACUGCAGAUGUACGUGUGCACUGUAUACCUAUGCCUCCACCCCCAUCCCUGCCUAUCUAAACAACAGUAAUAUGUACACAUAUGUGUGGACACCCUUCUCCUGAAAAGAAGAAACAAACUUGAGAAUGAUGGUCUGCCAGGACUUAGACAUUGGGCUUCUGUCUCCAAGUCCAGUGUUGGUUUGGCCCAGAGGUUUAGGGUUCCAUGAACAGUUGUCGACACCACAAGCUCUUACCCACAAGAAUAGUCUGGGUAGAGGACUUGCUAAGAAUUGACACUUGUUCCGGAGUUUCCUAGCUACACAUCUGCAAGAGGACAAACUCUAGGAAACUCUUCUCCUUUUCCCCCUACCACCUAAUUUGAAUAUUUCCACCAUUACCAAGGUUCUCCCUUGAUGCUUUGGAACCACUGGGAGAGAACCUUACUGAUAUUUCAGAAGGACUGUAGACCACUGGAUGCCUGCACCUGCAACAGGGUGCUAUUUUGUUUCAGUCCAGUGGAUAGGCCAUGAGGCUGGUCACCAUUUUGCCAUUAGAGUAGGCUUUCUGGGCCUCUGGGUAUACCUGCUGAUCUCAGCAAGGAAAAGUCUCUCCCUACCUUAUUGUGGAGGGUGUUACCCAAAGACACGAGGUUGGCUUCUUGUAUUCUGUGCCCUGAGUGGACAGAAAGGAGGGCACUGUGGUUCUUCUCAGCUUCUUUAGUGGCCACACCACACAGUACCCAUGUCGUCUUGUGUCCUCAUCAGCUGUUCUGCUCAACUGGACACUUCAGAUCUCUCUAACCCUGUGUGAAGCCUUUUCCAGAUUUUAAUAAACCUCUAAUGUGUCCCCCGUGUAUAUCCUCGGAACUCCAUAAAACUGGGAACAGAUAUGAUGGAAGAAAAAGCAAAUUCCGGCUGCCAGUAGCUCGUGCUUGCUAAUUGGAAAAGUUAUGGGUGCUUUCAAAAUAAAAGCAAGUUUAUAGAUAUCCUUUAUAGAAUAGCUGUUACAUUGUUAGAGAAUUAAAAUGUAUGUCAUCGCAACAAUCAUCCACCGUUAUGUUAGCAAAGCUCUGGAGAAGCAUAAAUGUUUCUCAACAUUGCUUGAUGCUUGCAAAUUAUUAAUAUGUACACGUCUGUGGGCGGGAAGGAAUUUGACGGAAGAACCAAAGGGGGAAAGGAGGAGCAGAAAGGCUUGAAUGUGGAUAUGGGAAUAUACGCCUCUUUCGACAGCAUCCUGGAAAACAGUGAUUUGCACAUCUGUGUGAAGAACCUUUAGUAUUUGUAAUGUAAUUUAAAAGUUAUAGUGGCUUCUUUACAGUUGCUUUGGUGAUAUUGCUUUGGCUUUGCUGAAACACUGAAAAGUUACUGGUUAUAUUUAGAAGGCUGUAAAGAAACACCAAAGUGAGCUUUCUGUUUUGCUUCUGCACUGUUCGGUCAAAAUGCACAUUUUAAAUAGCAACUCCUGUAACAUUGCCAUCUCAUGCAUGCAUGUGUGUGUGUGUGCAUGCAUGUGUGUGUACAUUCUGUUACAUUGUCAUCUUGUGUGUGUACAUGUAUGUGUGUGUGUUUGUGUGUGGACAGAGGGGGGAGAGAGAGAGAGAGAGAGAGAGAGAGAGUUAGUUUCAGCUACUUAUUUUACACUGUCAUCUCCUGUGUGUGUGUGUGCCCAUUAUGUUUUGUAUUGUUGCAACAAAGUACAAUGAAUGACUUCAAGGGUUGUUCUACCCAUAUUCUAAAUCAAUUAUGAAUCUUAACUAUCUAUCUGUAUAAACCUAUAUAGACUUUUUCUUAUCAUUAUUCCAUAAAUAACAUAGCAUAACUAUUUGCAUAUCACUUACCUUAUAUUUGUUUGACAGGUAUUGUGUAGAUGAUUUACAGUACGUAAAGAAGUGUGUAGGUCGGAUACCAUAUGGGACUUGAGCAUCUACUGAAAUUUGUACCCAAGGGGAUUCCUAGAACUAACUCCCCAUAGAUGCUGAGCUAUGACUACAUGACAGAAACUGUUGCAAUUUUUGUUGCUGAAUAAUGAACCACUAUAAAAGUUAAUACCUUAAAAACAAUAACAAUGUAUUAUUCUUUCAGACUCUGGGUUAAUUAGGUGGAUCUUCCCCUUUGUAUGAGAUGAACUUGGAGGUCCAGUGUGGUUUCAUCUGCAUGGCUGGUGCUGGCUGCUCCAUUCUGGCAUCAGGCUUCUGAUUGCCAUUUAUAGAGGCCACCUCCCUUACCAUAGCUAGGGUCUAGCUUUCAAGCAGAAGUGUGCCCAGGUUUCGGCUGCAGCCUGGGGAAGCUCAGGCUCAGAAGAACACUGUGUUGCUGCCAUCUUCUUCUACUAUUUCAAAUAAGUUCCCCAUCUUACUCGGGAAUGAGCAGGGGACAUCAACGCCAUGGUGGUGACAGGAGAAGGUCACACUGCAGAAGAGCAUGAGGGACAAGAGUUAUUAUUGUGGUCACCUUGGGAAGCAUAAUCUACCAGAGAAAUCAAAGCCCUUCUUAUUAUCACUUCUUUUCUUCCGAAGUCUGUCAUGGCGUUUUAAUUGAUCUCGUGCCUCUCCGGGAGAGCCGUGGAGCAUGGACUUAUCAAGUGUAAUUUCUUAAAUGGUCGCCUUUUGUCCCCAUAUAGCAUAGAUCCCCUUUUGAGAGUGGAAUGCACUUAAUAGCCAACCCCACUCUGUCCUGUCACCAGCAUUCUUUAUUUUUUAAAGAGAUGGUCAUCAAUAUAUAGUGGUUUCUUACCUUGACUCUCAUGGGGCAAAUGCCUAUUGCAAGGCCUUAAACACCUGUUACAAGGGAGUCUGCUCCUUCUUUUGCAUAAAGUAUAACUGAGGAUCCCCUAAAUAUUUCUUCCUAGGUGAACGUAGUAUAUAUAAUUGGUGUCAUUUGAAGUCUCCAAUUCUGGCUGAAUUACAAACUGUCCCUCACUUUCUGUCUGUAGCACACUUGUGUUUUAGGUCAUCUCACAGACUUCCUUGCUCUCCUUCCCUGGACUCAGGAGCACGAGUUCGUGUGAAGCACUCCGGCUGUGUUUUGUGGCCACAGGUUAGCCUUGACCUGCUGUGGUUGUGGCCCCAAGAGCCAGCGUUUACUCAGCAGAGGAAAGCUGCUCCUGAUAGAGAUGAGUCAGUUUCCGUCUGCAUCGAGAUGUUUACUCGUGGGGACAAAUGCAGAGGAUGACAAGCCUGGACCAUGUGACCACCCGGGAUUGUUUUUCCUCUCUGGGUUUCCACGUGGGAAGCUGUUGUAGUUUAGAGCUUUGCUGCAGCUGAGCCCAGGAUGUCCGCUGUCCAAGGUGCAUCCAUGUUUGUCGGCUGCUUCUGUGGCUCAGAGCCAGCAGCACAUUCUUUUGAGAUGCAUUCACUCUUUAGAAGAGGGACACCAUCCUGUGUCUUCCUGGAAGGCUGGAUGGAGCCAUAGGUAUGAUUGGUUACUACCAGUGAAGGGCCCUCAAGGUCAGCAAAUUACAGUGCCAUUGCCUUCUGCAGCAUAUUGUGUGUGUGUGAGUGUGUGUGUAAGUAUUAAGUCUAAAAUUAUUUCUUUGUGGUAAUUGGGAGGCAUACACCUAUGUGUAUUUAUAUAAGUGUAUACCUUAUUAGUUUCAUUAUCAUAGUUGUGUCUGGAUAUGGAGAGCGAAAAGCAACUCCAGAAGCAUUUAUUUUGGCUUAUUCCUCAAAUACACUUAGUCCACCAUGAUGGAAACACGUAGCCACAAGUGCACAAAGCAGCUGGUCACCUUACUUCUGGAGAAGGGAAGAGUGGAGUGUGGCAAGGAUGUGGAGUGGGGCAAGGAUGGAACAACCCUUCCAGAUUCCCUGUUCCCCUGUCACCCAUCCCUUCUACUGACGCUUCACUUCCUACAGCGUCCACAACUUUCCAAAGAGCAUAACCCAGCUGGGUGCGGGGAUGUCAUGUGUUCAAACACACAUUUCCAUGAGUGACAUUUCAUAUUUAAACCAUAGCAUGUAUAUACAAACAUACUUACCGAAGCAUGAGUUUCUUGCCUAAGUCAAUACUUGAGCAUGUAGGUCGGGUUUGUAUUCAGAUACAUGUGCACAUAUGUGGGCUUAAGUAACAGUGUGUUCCCCGGUUAGACUAGAUCAAGUGUGUCACGGCAAUUACCCAGGUCUCCUAUUUAAAGUAUGUGAUUUAGAUGGGACAAAUGAGUGUCACGGGCAUUGUUAUGGAGGAGCUGAGUGACAGGGGAACUGUCACCAUGCUCCCCAUUCUCCUGAGAUGGGCAGGGAAGAGGGAUAUGGAAUACUAUCAGACCUCUUGGUUUGAGCCUUCCAUUUGCUUUAGCAGCCGCAGGUCUACAAAGAAGUGCCCGAAGGUCUAGUCUCAGAUUUACUCUGACUCAGUCCACAUCCCAUAAUAUAGGCACAAUGUAUUUGAGAGGGACUCUGGUUCUAUGAUUGGUCCCAGAGUUCAUGGAGUGACAGAUUCCUUUGGCUUGGAAAUUUCUUGUAAUAACUGACAGAAAGUGUUGAGGAUGUAGUCUGAAGGCUGCUGAGAAUCCCAUAUUCCUGUGAUUGUGACUACUGCUUUUCUGUGAUUUCAAUGAAAUGCCAGUGGUCUACGUUUAAUGACCAAACCCUAUAAACCCCUGGUGGAUGAAUGAUUGAAUGUAUGAAAUGUCUCAUUAGAAAGAACAGAAAAGAUUUCUUCUCUAAGAUGCCCAUUAAGGAGUUAUGAAAAUUCUUAUGUUGAAAAUAAGAGACUCUGAAAUUUAUCUAAAUCGUAGUCCUACAGAAUUAAAGAAUGACUGCCUUUAGGGAAAACAUACCGUAAAAUGUGUGGGAAAAUGUUUGAUUUAUUUCAGUUUGUAGUUUCUCUGGAACCUGUGGUCUGUGUUUGUGCAACAUCCUAGUGCACAUGGGGCUUUGUUCCAUUGACUAUUAGCUCAUGUAGUCUUAAGCAGUGUGAACUUUUGUAGACCUGCUACAUGUAGUGGGAGCCACACAUAUCCCACCUUCUAGCAGAAAGCUGUGGUCUAUUCCUAAUGUUCAGAAUACUGUCUCAAGAAUUUAUGUUACCCUCUAGAUGGGGUGAAGUAAAGAAGAAGGUUUUGCUAAGAGUUUUGAAUAUUGUAAAUUGAUCCUGUCCAACAAGAUCCUCUCUGAGAAGAGACCAUCUGGCUAGCAUGUGCUUGCUAUCUCCCCUCCUUAGCAAAACUGGACUAUAAGGAAUACACGACUUAAACUGUAUACAUGAUGGAUAUUUUGAAAGACUUUCUGCCUUAAAGAAAGAUGUUCAUGUUUUAGGUUCCAUGUUAAUUUAUUGUAAGUCUGUCAUGCUUAGUGAUAUCAGGGAAGGGAAAAGAAAUGGUUUCUGUUUCUAUAUUCUUUUCCUUCACAGAGUAACCACACAGGCACACACAAGUACAGAAAAGCACAAGACAUUCUUGUGACCAUUCCUGCAUUCAAUACUUACUUCCCAAACUGCAGGUGCCGUUUCUUUGACUGAAUAAAUAUCCUUGAACAUGUUUAGAAAUAUUCCUUUCUAGGAUCCUGUUAACUUGCAAUUGUUCUUCUAAUUGUUUUUGAGAGAGAGAGAGGUAGAGACAGAGAGAGAGAGACAGAGAGAGAGGCAGAGACAGAGAGAGAGAGACAGAGAGAAAGACAGAGAGAGACAGAGAGAGAGACAGAGAGAGAGGCAGAGAGAGGCAGAGAGAGACAGAGACAGAGAGAGACAUACAGAGACAGAGAGAGGCAGAGAGAAAGGCAGAGAGAGACAGAGAGAGGCAGAGAGAGACAGAGAGGCAGAGAGGCAGAGAGAGAGACAAAGAGACAGAGAAAGAGAGAGGGAGACAGAGAGAGACAGAGACAGAGAGAGAGACAGAAACAGAGAGACGGAGACAGAGAGAGAGAGAGAAUGCACAAACACCUGAGUGUGCAUGUGUGUGGUGCAUAUGUGUAUGCAGUGUAUAUGGAGCUCAGUGGGAAGUGCAAGGCCUUCUGUUCCCCAUUCAGACACUGUCUUGUUGUUUGUCACUGCAUUUGCCAUGGGAGCCCACCUGUGAGCUUAAGGAGCUUGCUGUGUACCCUCCUCCCAUCUUGACAUAGGAGCAUUAAGAUUACAGACUCCUGCUAUUUCAUCUCACUUGACUUGGGUCUAGGAGUCUAAACUCUGUUCCUUGUGUACUUUACUAAGUCAUCUUUCUAGCUGCCUGACUCAGGAUCAUGAAAGGCAGCAAAAUAUAGGGAGACACAUUUUAAGUAACACAGAUACUUAGGCACCAAGUGUGAAUCCCAGAUUUGGGAACUUUGGUUUCAAAAUGACCCACUUUAUAGCAAGGGAGACUUGAACUUGACCUUGAAGAAAAGGCGAUAUUGAUAAAGAUAAAGAAGUUAGACAUGCGUUUUAAUACAGACAUCCCACAAUGGGAUCUUAGAAGGCCAAGACUACUAUCUAUUGUUUGUUCAAGAAAGUGUUCUAAUUCCUUUUCCUGUUCCAUAUGACUUUACCAACUGACACCGUGUCCCAUUUCAAGGCCAUCGGCAAUGGCGUUCUGUUAGACUAUAGUAUGAUGUAGUAUGAUGUAGUAUGUAGAUGAUUUCCUGAACAGAGAAACUAAAUGGAGGUUCUUAAAUCUUAGCAAGUUCAUUCAAAUAACUCUCUGCUUCUUGCAUAAAGGAGUUUGAUUCUUGAAAUGUGCAAACCCAUCUCUAAAUAGAAGGAUUCAGGGUUAUUUACAAUUCCUCUGAAUGGAACUGUAUCUGUAGAGAAUACUAAUUGCAGGUGACAGUCACUUCACUUUGUGCUGUAGUGCCUCUGUCAACAAGGAUAUUAUUACCAAAAUCAUAGAUCUAGACAGUAUAUAUCGUAUUGUAAGGCUCUUUUCUUUUUGAAAUGAAAUAAAGUAAGAAUGUCAUUUCUAAGUCAUAUGAUCAGAACUUAUCAAGGAAUAUAGACAGAACUGUAGUACAGAAGACAAGAAGGGAAGCUUUAAGCCACUGCUGUGUUAUUUGAGCCCCUAUGCCUUAAAGCAAAGUAAUGAGAAAUCAAAGCUUCUUAGCUAGACAUCCAUCAGCCUAGCUAACUGUGGCAGUUCCCAGGGCUGGUCAGAAUGGGGCACCAUGGAGACCUUAAGAUUCUGCUCAUGGGAGUGAAAAUUGGUAGGAAACCAGGAUGGUCUUGUCUAACAAAUUCAAAGACAAGUGUACUCUUCAGCUUGGCAUUUUCAGUUUUUUCUAGUUUGGAGCAAAGUAACUGUGUGGGAGGUGACAUGUGCUUGCACAUGGAUAUUCACAGCAGCACGGUUAACACUGUUACCUGGAAACAGCACUGGGGGCACAGUUAAGUAGAUAAAGUCUCAUCCACACAAGCAUGAAAACUUGAGUUCGGAUGUCCAGGAUCCAAAAAUAAGCCAGGGAUGGAGUGGGGUCAAGUAGGGGCAACUGCAUAAGUGGGGUCAUAGGGUAAUCAAUGAGCUCUUCUUUAGAUGAGAGGCUAUCCCCCAAAAGAUAAGGUAGAGAGAGAUGACAAAAGAUACCAAUAUCAACCUCUAGUCUCUACAUACAUGCACAAAUUCAUGCUUGUCCACAUACAAAGGCUUGGACAGAUGUACACAUACACACACACUUGUGAAAGCAGCCUAGCUUCAAGCCAAUAGAGUGUCACUAUGCAUGUUCACAUGCCGGGAUGUUAUGAACAAUGAAGAGAAAUGCACAGCAGGUAUACUCCACAGGGCGAGGGCUCCCAACUCUGGAGAAAAUGGAGAGUUGACUCAAGAAAAUAGACAGCAAAUACUAUAGCCUGAAUGAAUCCAUCCACACAGAGUCAAAAACUUCGAUUAACCUGGCUGCUCAGUUGUCUGCAUAGGUGGAGGUAGAUGACAAACACCAUCACAAAGGUCACGCUCACUCUGAGACAGCCGGAAUAGAUGAUGUGAGUGGGGUUCUCGGUGGUCUGUGUAAGUGCUGCCAGCCUUGGGUUGCUUGGGGUGCAGCUUAGCUGCCCCACCACUGAGGAGGUUUUGUCUUUCUCGUUGGGUUUCUUGUAAUUAUUGACUAGAUUGCCCAUUUGCUUUCUUGUAACUAUAUAUAUUUCUCGAAAUAUAUAGUAUAUGUACAUAUGCAUAUAUACACAUAUGUUUUCUUUAUUUUAUGUGGAGGAGAUAAAGUAAGGAAGAAAUAGCAGUAUAAAAAAAGAUUUCUGUCAUAAAAUUUCUUAAAGCACAAGAUAGUUCUAAUAGAAGCGUAGGCACAUUUUCUACCAAAUGUGUCAUUGUUGUUAGAUUCUCCAGUGAAUGGGGAACUACAGCUUUACUACUAGAAUCUAAUACUUUCAAAUAAGAAGCCUCAAUUUUUCUAGGGUCUCAGGAAAAGAAAAGGUCCAAGAUUUUCAAAAUUAAACUUGGUAACAAGCUUUCCUCUAGUUGUUUUCUUUCAGGUUGUAUAUAUUUGGAGAUGGCAGCAGGCCAUUGAGUGUCACUUGCACGGAAAGUGGCUGGAGAAUCAGCAGAAACUUAACAAUGAGGCAGGGAAUGGGAAUUCUUGUGUUAUCUAGAGAAACCAAAAACUUUGUGUUGCUCUUAUUAUUUCAGAAUCACCUGUGAGGUCCUCUUUAAGGAAAGCCUUCAUCAGACCUCUGUUGUACCUACACUGCAGAGUAUUACGCAGUAAUGAAAGGGAAUGUUAAUAAAAUCAUUUCUUUUUCAUGUUGAUGUGGAUCAAAGUUGUGACUUCAAAAUACAGAUCAUAAAAAUGAACCUUUUCAAGAUUCUUGGUUCCUUUCAUUAGAUUUGAUGUCCCAUGCUCUGCAUUAAAGACAUUUAUUUGCAAGUAAGCAAAACCAAAACAAAAAAAAAUACCCCAAACAAAAAUAAACAAAGUAAAAUACACACUUCAGUUGUAAUUUGCUAAUUAUAAAUCUAUUUUUUAAAAACAAGUAUUUUGUCUUAAAGGUGAAUUUUUAAUUCAAAUAUGUGAUAAUCACAAUGAGGCAGAUGGAUCAAAAGUGAAGGUUGUGUCUGCAAGAAAGGCUUGAAGCAACUUUGCUAAAAGCAGCCUACCAAAUUGGCUUAUUUUCUAGAUAAAGCCAUAUAAUACUAUUUAAGUAACUGGAUUACAAAAACGAAUGUUAACAAAGCAGCUGACAAUUUGACGAUUGAGCAUAAAGUCAGCUCAUGUUUUGGAGAGUAUCCUGAAUUCCUACUUUAAGAAGCUCAAUUAAAGUUUGGAAAUAAUAAUUUUCUUGUUAAGUCUCUGAAGAGCAGCAAUAGGGAGACUGCUGUGAGGGAGAACCUGAAAAAGCCAGCAUUAAAUAUUGGACCCCUGGAGCAAAGAUUCAUGGAUUCACUAGUGUCAAAUUAUUGGUAAUGACUAUUUAGAGCUCUCUAAGAAAUUUGGGAGUGUGCAUGUGUGCUUGUGUGUGUGUGUGUGUGUGCUUGUGUGUGUAUGUGUGGUAUGUGUUGUGUGUGUGUGUGCAAGUGUGUGAGUUUGAGUGUGUGUGCAUAUGAGUAAGUAUGAGCUUAGGAACUUUUACCAUUGAGCAGUUCUGCUUGGAGCCCUCACUUAGACAAAAGAUAAAAGUGAGAAAAGAUGACUUAUGGUCAUUUCUACAAUUAUAUUUAUGAUUUGUCUCUAAUUAUUGAUUAAAAUGAUCCAUAAGCACAGGAGACUAACUAGAGUGUCUGUAUUUUUUGUUGUUCUGCUAUUUCUUUAUUUUAAUUUAUUUAUUUAACAUUGAGGAAGUAAAAUAUUGACUGGGAAAAAGAAGCAAAUUGUACAGGAGGGAACUACUGAGCACUAGAUCUGGACGUGACCUUGAGUCCUCACUGAGCUGGGUCCACCCCAGGUUCAUGAACCACUGAGACUCCUAAGACUCCAAGAUGGAAACUCUCUGGAUUUGAAUAAGAUCAACUUUCCUUGUGUUCAGAUGGGGAAGUUUUAUGAAUUUUAUGUAUCUUGAAAUUCUGCUUAAUAAUAAAAAAGAUAGUUUGAAGUCCAUAGUUUUAGUACUUAAACCACUUAUAUUAGUCAUAUUCUAUUGCUAUAACAAAAAGUCCAAGGCUUGGUGACAUAUAAAGAAAAGACGUUUAGCUCACCAUUUUGGAGGCCCAAAGAUAUGAUGUUAAUGUGUACAGGAUUCUCAUGAAAAAUCCUUGAGCUACAUCAAAUCACCAGACCAUAUGUGUGUGAAAGAUAUCAUAAGGUAGGAGAGGAAGCUAGGAAUAAUUUGGUGCUCAGACUUACUCAUUUAUAAUAACCUAGUCUUUAACUGUGUGUGCAGAGUAUCUCUUAAGAGCAUUGCUUGUCAAGAGAAAAGCUGAUGAUGGCCCAUGACAUGAGGCAGGAACUAGGAGGUGGGACAUUGGCAGGAGGAGAGGAUUCUGGGAAAUAGUGAGAGGAUAAAAAGGAGACUUGUCUGGGAACUGGGGGGCAGGGGAUGUGUCAGAGGUAAACCAGAAAGUAGCUGAACUGAAGUUAGAAUAAAAAGAGCGCUAGAUGCUGAGGGAGAUGCUGUGGAGAUGCAAAGAAAGAAACAGACUGGGACUUAAGAGAGUUAACUAACCAAAUGGUAGGCAUAGAAUAACUUGACUGCGUUAAGUAAGUUAUAGGCCAGUCAUGGAAUGAGCCAAAGCUUGUGGUCAAUGCAUUUAAUAAUAAAUAAUUAGUCUCAGAGUUGUUAUUGUUGAGUACUAAGUAGAAAAGAAAAAACAGAUUUAAUAUUUUUCACAACUGCGUCUCACAAGAGCUAUCAUAGUUCUUUCAGGGGACAGUUUCUCCAAUGACCUAACUAGUUCCCACUAGGCUCCACCCUUUGAGACAGUGUCUCUCUAUAUAGCUAGUGAGAUGGUAUGUAACCUAUGGUGGCCUCAAAUGUGUCUUGAUUUUCUGCAAGUAUCAGGUAAGAGGUAUAAGAGGAGAUGCAAAAGACCUGGUCCUACAAGGAUGCUGUGGGGAGCUUUGCAGAACUCAACAGUUGCAAAGGCAUUGAUGAAAGAAACUUUUUGUUUUGCUUUUCCAGACUCUAAUAUAUUCACUUAUUGUGCCCCUGCAUGUAGAUCACUCAUUGGAAGUCUAAGCUCCAUAACACUGUAUAGAUAGUGAUGAAGACCCAAAGAACAAGGCAGUAAAAUUAGCAAUGUUUGCACAAUAAUUGUGUGAAUGCUGCCUGGACAGUGUGGGUGAUGGUAGGGUGAGGGGGACUCCAGUGUAAUGUGGGGUGCUGUCAGGUGACAUGAGUAAGUGUUAGUGUCCAUGCUCAUCUGAUUUAAUUCAAGCCAAAAUAUGCCUUUGAUUUUCUAGGCAGAUUUCUUUCUUUUAGUAAAAAGAGGCUCAAGGAUCCUUAACUCUGUUCGGUUUCCCUGUCUUCCUUCUAUUCUUUAUUUCCAUAAGUCCUAAGCAGGCACCGCUUAUGUAUCAAAUACUGUCAGGCACUGCAUCCUUUGUUGUUCCAUAAGAAGUUUUGAUGUGUUGUUUUUUUUUUUUUUUUUUUUUUUUUUUUGAGGUAGAUGGACUACAACUUCUGAAGAACUGGGAUUAAAAUAAUGCUACGAAUCAAGCAUCUUCCAGUUCGUUGUUGCAUCUAGAAGAGAUACUAAUGGUUUCCUUCUGCAAGGCCCAAGUUUCCAAUUUUUCUGUACAGUUGAUAUAGGGAAAUUCUAGUUCUACACUCAGAACUAGUAGUGACUGCAGCAUGCUUAGGGCUUAGGCUGCAGGGUGGCUGGCGUCCACUGAGAGUUGAAUUGUCUGCAGGAGUGUUGGCAUCUGUUGACUCAAGGAUCCUUGGGUAUUUGAAGGCAAAAGCCAGAAAGCUGACCCGUGUUUCUCCUGGUGGGAGAAGGAGCUUCUAUUUUAACUAACUCCACACAAGGGGACCCAGCCAUCUUGGAAUUAAUAAGUGGCAGUUGUGAUCCUGUAUUAUCUCAAGAUCAAAUCUUCAAUCUACUUUUACAUGCCUGAGCUUAAUCCAACUGCUAGUGGGAUUAAUUUCUAGUGCCCUUUACAAUACCCGGGAAUAGACUAAGAUGUCCACAUCCAGACAUACUUCUGAGGGGUGGGGAUACUUUCCCUAGCUGAAGCACUUAAUGGAUCAUGCAUUUAUUCUGUCUAGUUUAAUGAAUAGUAUUUAAAAGUGAAUGUAUAAUUAGUCACAUUAGUCAAAUAUUUGUACUUUUGUGUAUUUUCACUUUUCAUAAGAUGCUGAAAUGGAGAAGGUGCUGUGACUGGUAGGUAGUCGCCUCAAAGAUAUUUUUCCUGACUCAUUAUUUAUAAUUGAAUGUGAAAGAGUGUAUCUUACUUUUUUAAAACGUUCAUCAUCAUUAUCAUCAUCGUCAUGGUGGUGGUGGUGUGUCUGAUGUGCAUGUUAGUAAGGCAAGUGCAUACCAGGGAGUGGGUGUGUGGAAGUCCAAGGUCAGUUGUGGAGAGUUAGUCUUCUCUUUCUACCUUGAGUUGUGGAUAUCUGCCUUGGACCGUCAGGCUUGAACAGCAAGCACCUUUACCUGCCGAGCCAUCCUGCCUACCAUCUUGUUGGCUUAUUGUUGAGUAAUGUCGUGAUAGGAUUCUUCAGUAGUGCCCUGGCAGUUGGGCAAACCUAAUAGCUUUAUUGGGUGUCUAAUGUUCCUACCGUACUUUCCCCCUGAGACAUCUAGAAGCUUUAUAUUUCAUCUGAAUCAGAUUUGGACAUUUAUUAGCAAAAUAGACUACACUAAUAGCAAAGAAUCCAUCUAUCCAUCCAUCCAUUCAUGCAACCACCCAUCUUUUUAUUCAAGAAUAUGGCCUACUGAGGCACUCUGUACACUGCUCUUAGGAGCAGCCUCUGUCUAGUUGAGGCCUGUUAGGAAGCAGGAUAGUAGCACCCUGCUGUCUAAGCAGUUUUUGUUGGUUCUCUGGAUUCUCAGCAAGGGGCCUAGGAAUAAGAGCAUGGAAUGCAUAUUUCACAGGUGUUAAUGCUUGGCCUGAUUGAUGAAAUUUCAAUGCAGAAUGAUAUACCAGCUUUCUGAGGCAUUCCUAGCUAUCUCAGUGGUCUGGUAGGAACUCUUAGGUAAGUUCUGAGGGACAAAGAACAAGGUUGGAAUUGGCCCUUCCUAAGAAGAUCAGUGUCUUGGCCAGGGUGUUGUGAAUUCUAAGGUACAGUUCAUCUUGGUAUCUUUACUCAUCCAAGUACUCUCUCUGUUACUGCAGAUGCUUAUAAACUGCAGACAGCAUGCCGUUCAUGAAUUUGGCUGCUUUUCCAUUGCUGCUAUGAAAAUUGCAAACAAAAUUGCUUUUCAUUUUGCUUUGACAGGCAGUUUUAAUUUUAUUCAUCAUUUUAACAAACUGUAUAACAUUUCAGCUAUAUGCAGCUUGUCUUUUGUCUUUUUCUGCACUAUAUUUAUGCCGAAAAUAUGAAAACAACCAUAAAGAAGAGCCCAAUAAUAGCAAGUUAUAGUAAAAAGGGCUUAUUAAAAGGAUAUUUUCUGCCAGGGUAAAAAACUUCCUUGAACACAUCAUAAAUAGUUUAUAACGCGUAGAACCGCACACUUUAUUGUCUGCAGAAGUUGAUUGUGUAGCUGGCCACAUUUUAAAAAUUAAAAAUAAUAAUCUCUCUGUCCCAAUUUUGAAUUUAUGUUUUGUUGACUCAGACCUUGUCACAGCCUAAUUAGAUAAUGAUUAUCUGAAGUCACCCGAAAGUCUCUUCAGCCUCACCAGAGAGUUGGGGAGUGAGUGGGGGAUUCUGUUGGUUAGGAAAGAUGGAAGAUGCUCAUAGGAUUUAUCUGAUAACAACGUGUGUACAUUUUCAUUUUGUAGAAAAAUGACUAAUGCUAUCCGGGCCAAUGGGCUUGCUUUUAUUAUGUGCUUUCCAAGCUCUUCGUUGUAGCUUCAGCAAUAUGAGGAGCCCUGCAAGCAAGCAAUAAAAACAGAGCAGCUCUCUUGCUCGCCGCCUCAUUGAUGUCUCUCACACAAGGCAAGGUCUGUUCAAAUAAUCACUCAGUGCUGGUGGCAUGCUCUCUAACCUUGACUUCCAGAGGACUGGAGUAGGAAGAGAAUCCUGUCUGCCAGCAGUUUGAAAGAAAAUCGUGUUUAUUCACAAUGCUCUUUAGGACAUAAAGACUUUUAUUUAAGAUUUUCAAGAUUGCUGGUAGGAUGAUUCAUAAGCAAAGUCCAGUUUUCCUUAGGGACUAAGCACCACGGUUUGUUUUUUGUUUUUCUAGCAUAGCAACUGAAUUUCAUCAUUCAUUCUGUCAUUUAGCAACAGAAGACAACUUCACCAAAGAACUUCACAGUACGAGUAAAAUUGGAAGUAAAUGGAAGCCAUAUGUUGUUGCUGUAAUUUCCAAGGUUAAAAAAAAAGGCUAUAGUUUAGGCUAUAGCCUUUUAUUCUAAGUGGAAGGAAGGUAAAUGCUUUUAUUAUCAAUGGCCUUAAGUUGUAACCAAAACCAAAAAAAAAAACCCAUUUAUUUUCUUAAUGGCAGAACAAGACACAGGUGACUUCAGUGCUCAAAGCAAGGCUGAUGUGUGGCGGUAAUCCAUUUCUUAACUUAUGUACAACUGUGCAGUUAUUAAUGCUAGUCAGGUUAUGUGGAAGGAUUCAGGAAAAUUCUUUAUUCCUCAUUGACUCCUGACAGUUAUUGUACCUAGGAACUGGGUAACGUGUUCUGAAGUGAGCAAUUAUGGAAAUGUUUACUUCACUGGCUGCAUGUAAAUGUGUGCAGAGAAUGUACCAGACUUUCUCCUUGGGGGUAUUUAAUUCUCUCCAGGGCAAUGAAAAUCAAAUGAUUUCUUUCUUUCUUUCUUUUUUUUUUUUAAGCUUUUUUUUUUUUUAAGUGUUCUAAUGCAGCUGAUAAUGAUGGAUGCAGUGGAGGAAAAGGAGAAAGGUAGGAAGGAAGAGGAGAGAAAGAGGGAGCUGCCAACAGCCCUCGAAAGCGGAUUUCCCAACAGGAGAGCUGAGAAUGGAGGCAGACAGAAGGCCAGCCCUGUUAGAGAUGCAAGUUUGCAGGGGAAAUGAUGAGAAAUGACUCUUCUAAUAUUCUGUGGCAGUACAGUGGCAGUUGUCACACAUUUAUCUUUGCAAGAACUUAAGCUCCGUAUUGUUCACAUCGAAAGCCAUCCCACUUGCUUGUUAAUGAAACACAGAAGCAGUUCUUCCCAUGAACAGUGUGUGUGUUUGGGGGGCGGGUAGUCCACACAUGUAUGUGAAGUUCUGGAAUUUCUAAGGAUGCAAAUGAGCGGGGCAUAGUCACAGCCAGAUUACCAGUGGCAAAGAGAUUUAUUUCUUGGUUUUGUUUUGUUUUUUGUUUUUUUGUUUUGUUUUGUUUUGUUUUUUUGCUUUUUGGGUUUUUUUUUUCUCCUCUUUUGAGAAGAGGGUAAAUUGCUGAGAAUAAGAUGAGACUCAGGAGGACUUGUUUUUAGCCUGGGGAGCUUCAGGCUCGGACACUUUCUGCGAGAGGCCAUUGGAGAUGGAUCCAAAUAGAUACAAGGUGGUCUUGGGCCUCUGGGUGCGAAACUGAGCUGUCAUAGUAAAACUGUUUGUGUGCACUGUCUGAAGAAGUCUAGUUGGGCAAGAACAAUUCUAUAAAUUUCAUGCAGGUUUAUUUAUUAUUUAUUUAUUGUCCUGACGAUAGUGAAAGUAAAUACUGUUCAACUUGGCCUCUGCAGUCACAUGCCUGUCACUAGAGUUGAACGGCACUGAGAAGGCAUGCUGACUGGUCUUUAUACUCUCUAGUUUUGUUUUUUUUUUCUUUUUUCUUUUCUUGCCUGGAAUUUCUCCUGAAUUUCUCAAGGAGGGGUUUCAUAAAAAGGGUUUUUAUGUCUUGCAGAAAAUUGAGUUUUGUAGACAUUACCUAACUCUUGAUUUGUCACACCGGGAUCAAUAACAUUUCGCUGCUCUUAAACACACAGAAUCACAGGGGACACAUAAUGUUUUUUAUAAGUGCAGUAAAGUUAACGUGUUGUUGAAACAAAAACUCCUCUGACAGUCUUGUAAUAAGUACACUCUGCAACUAGAAAAUUAUCUGUAAUACUAGGAAAGGCAGGAAGAGCGCUUAAGAGUACAAUGUGUACGUUGUUGGCAUCAGGCACUGCAAGAAUAAGAAAUUAGCAUCUGCUGGGCUCGGCAUGUCAGAAUGAUUACCGGGAGUCACUUUCCUCAGAAGAGAAGCCGCCGGUCCCCAGGAGUGAUGCCUGCCACCACGUUUCAACCAAGUUCCAUUGCUUAUGUUUGGUCUCUUUGUUCUUUGAGGAUAUUCUGUAUUGGUUGCAGAGAGAAGCCCUUUCCUUACAGCAAAGAAAGUAUUGGAAGCAAGAAGAGGGGAGCACAUUUUCUAAGACUCUUCCCAAAAGUACACGCUUCCUGGUCCAUCAGUUUUCUUUUGGAAUCUCCUAUGAUAUUCUAAAGAUGCCUUCAGCCAGUGAAAGUCCCCUAUGAUGUAAUUUGUAAAAGCUAUUUGGAAUUGAAAUCACUCUUGGAUGUGCUUUCAUUUCCUCAGUCCAGGGAGCCAGAGAUCCUGGGUUACAUUAGCCUAGGUGGGCACUGUGUCUAACCGAUGCGGUGCCCCUGGGCCACGCCACAGUGUCUUCUCUCACCCCCUUUCCACCUCAUUAAAUUUCCUAGUCCCCCUUUCAGCUGCCUAAAGCUCCCCUUUUUGUCCAUAUUUUCAUUUUUAGUUAAUUUUAUGAGUACAGUAUUAUUUUCCCUCUCUUUCCUCCCUCCAAUUGAUGUGUCCUGUUCUGUGCCUUCUCAAAUUCAUGGUAUCUUACUCUUUAAUUAUUAUAUGUGUAUGUAAAUUACAUAUGCAAAUUACAUAUGUAAAUUUGUAGGAACAUACUACCUGCUAAGUCCCUCUAGUGAUGUCCUAUGUCUGGUGUAGUGGUCUGGCCCUGUGGGCUUGGAUGGCCUGUUAGGGAGUCGGUUCCUGGAGAUGUCUGAACCUCCCUCUCUCCACAUCUGGUGCUUUGCUCCCCGACUUAGAUUCCCAGGGGAGGAGCACUAUGGAUUAUACUGUCUUAGGGAGCGAUGUGUAGUCUGUCUGUCACUGAUGCAUGCAUGACCUUUCUUCCCUUUUGGCAAGCGUCUUUCUCUGUCUGUGAGAAUAACAUGGUAGCCUGAGCAUGGCCAUGAGUUGAGGUGGAGAGGAGGAAUGGGCCUUCCUGGUGGUAGAGUGGUCCUCCCUGUGCAGGUAGGUAGGGAUGGCAGCCGGUUGAGGCCGAUCUUGUCACAUCCGUUGCCUUCCUUCUUCCUCCAGCCCUUUGCUGAGGAGGUAGCUCUAUGUUCAUUUAAUAAUUACCCAUUUUGCUAGUGCUUGUCGCCGAGAGCUUCUUGAGCCCCAUCAGGUUUUCAGAGAAGCACCACUCACGCUCUUCUGCUGAAAAUGUUUUUCCUUCCCUCCCUUCUCUCCAUCGCACUCUUCCCCUUAUCGACGCUCUCAUCAGCACCAGAGCUCUUCAGUAUUCCACUCCUGUCCUUUGUGAAGUGAUUUUGCCCAGACACGUCUGGCUCAGGGUGAAGUGCCCUCCCCUGAGAGCACGCACUGCAGCCCCAGGUCGCCAGCACCAUGAAUACAUUAUUAUCCCAAUUUCCAUCCUGUUGCCACGGCAGCACUUUUGGAGCGGCUGGGUUAUUAAGUCGUACAUCACUAAUACCCUGAUAUGAGCAGAAGUUGGAUUUAAUAUCGGCCUUUGAUCAGAUUACCUCCCAACAGUCAGCUGUCAUUAGAAAAUUCCUUUGCUCCUUAUACCCUCGGAGCUCUGGCCUCCGUAGCAGAAGGGUGGCAGGCCUGAUACAUGGAGGCAAUUUUCAGCCCAGGCCCUGCACUGUACACUUAAUUCAUUUUCUGACCUUUUUGUGAUUUGGGGAGAUUCCAUCCCUGCCUCAGUGCAUGUGAGUGUGUGUGAGUGUGAGUGUGUGUGUGUGUGUGUGUGUGUGUGUGUGUGUGUGUGUGUAUGUGUGAAUGCUCAUGAGUGAAGUAUAACUGUAGAAUCCAUCUUCCAUCCUAGGAGGUGGAUAGAGGUGUGUGUGAGAGGUGGCUUGUCUUUUGCCAAGUGAUACUAUACUUUGUUGGAAAGUGUCUGUUUUUUGCCUGUCCUCGGGUAAUGUAUAAAACAUGGUGCUUCAGGUAGAGAUGAAGGGUAAACUGAUGUCCCCCUAAAUGGCCAGCCUGUGUAUGCACCUAACACUUCACUGAGCAAUCUGUCAACAUGUCAGCAACACAUGUUUUAUAAAAAGCCUCCAGUGGGAGCAAAGGCUCCUGCCAGGGCUUAGGAAAUGCUUUGAAUUCAGCAGAUUUCUAUUGCUGGAGUCCCCCGAGGUUCCUUUUACAAUGCCUACAUUUCAGAAAUUUGAACUUGGGACCCUUAGGGGGUUCUCUCCGAAUGCCUGAAAAUGUAGAGUUAUAUUGUUGCGUGUCCCCAAGCGGUCUUUACUAAUACCUGAAUUCGGAGAAGCUGGAAAUUACAGAGCUCCCCAGGGGGAGCUUUAUCCACACCAGGAAGAAGAGAAUAACUCUGCAGGGAGAUUGCUUAAUGCAUUGCUGAAAUAAAAGAAUUUGAGAGAGAUGGGUUGAAGUGUUUUUUUUUUCCCCCUUCUUUUUCUGGCCACUCCUUCAGCUUAGCUAAGUCCUUAAAGACAAAGUCAGGGAAGGAAGCAGCUGGGCUCUUUUUAAUGAAAUUUUAGAUGUGGCUUUUGAAAUAGUCAGAAGCCUGAUGCUGCGCGUGUGCUUGUGUGUGUGUGUGUGUGUGUGUGCUCGCGCACGUGUGUGCGUGUAUGUUCGCAUGCACACACAUACAUUCACCACUGUCUUCUCGCUCUCUGGAAGCCACUUUUGUUUACAUGCAGAAAGUUGCUUUCAGGUUUUAGGCACGUCAUCACUUCUGUGUUGUUUUCUUUUUAAUGCUCCCACCGUACCUGUCUCCAUUCUUUGGACAUAUUUCUUCCUCUCUCUCUCCUCUCUCUCUCCUCUCUUGCUCUCUCUCCUCUCUCUCCCCUCUUGCUCUCUCUUUUAUGGCGCUUCCCUUUUAUUACAUCUGCCUGUCACACUUUGUACACUCCCCCUUUCAUAACUUGGGCUGUUGCCAUCUUCCUUGCCAACUUGUGCUACUUUGUUGAAGUCUCUCUUUAUUCCUAGGACACUCCAGUUCCUUUUUUAUUGUCUACCAGCCCCAAGUCCCCUCUCUUCUUAGCUUGCUGGGACUCCGUGAACAUUUUGAGCUGUUUUCUGAUUAAAUACAUUUCAUAACAUUUAGUAGUGACAUACCCUUAUUUUUGUUGCUGUUGAAUUUCAAGAGAGUCAGGCCACUUGCACAGUUUAGAGGACAUGCAAGAUUUCGGUUCAUGAAUGUUCUAAUGGUGGGUGUGGAACAUAAUGAGGUAGUGGGCUCCGCGUGAGCUAACAAACAGAACACACACAUUCACAGCCUGCACGCUCAAGGUGAGAAAUGCAGGGGCUGGAGGAGGGGGCUCUCUCAUAUUAAGUGAGUAAGGAAACCUCUAGUCCAUCUCUGCUCUUUAUUAUCACUGGAAAAGGGAAAGAAAAAUAUCCUCCUUGUGUGUGCUCCUUCUAGAUCUUUCCUUGGCUGUCUUUUGACACCAUGUCACCUGACCCUAUCAGGAGGGGGCUGGGGGCUGGAGCUCAUGUUUACCCAGGGUCCUCCUGGGACUGAACCCUACCUCCGUGUCCAGCGUCUUCCAGCUCCACAGACAAAGACAAGGGAGCAUUCUCACAGAGCUUGCUGGCCAGGGUAAAACAGUUCCAGCUGUGGCUACUCAUGAAUUUUUGGGGGGAGGGAAAAAUGGUCUUGGCUUGUUUUUUAGGUGUGGCUACAUUCGUAGGCUUGUCUGCAGCCAUCAAUUUAAAAAAAAAAAACUGAUUUAGUUUAAAAGUGGCCUGGGAUUAAAACACUAACUGUUUUGGAAUUUGGCAAAUUAUAAUAUUUUAUACUGUGGUAAACUAUGGUAGGAGAGAGUAGAUUUUUUUUUUUGAAGUUAAAAUGUUUCAGAUGUCUUUAAGAUUAGCCAAAUUUGUUCUAGACACAACGAUUUUAGUAAUGUAUUGUAUUGUUUUGUUUUAUUUUUUUAAGUUUAAGGUCAUGUUCCGCUAUUGAAUAGUUUUCCCAACUGUCUUGUUCUCAAACGCUUUCUAGUGAGACAUUAUGAUAGUGAAUUAAUUGUUCUCAGUGCAGACACAUAAACUUGGAAGAGUGCAGUUGAUGUUUCCAGCUAAUGUUCUUGUUGAUGCAACAGCGUACCCCUGUGAAGGUUUAUAUGGGGUAUUUAUUGUGGCCCAGUAAUUAGAGACUGGCCUCAGGUGUGAAUUAGCCUGUGCUGGACGGUAGACCAGGCUGAGCUCUUGAAUUAGACUCAGGUGGCCAUUAUUGCCAAGUACUGGUAACUUCAAGGGUUAAGUUUAGAACAGAGAAAGCCUGCCUGGGUAAUGUGUGUUAACCGAGUAGCCAGGUGUUCAUCUUCUGAGGACAGGAGGAGGCACAGGUUCAAAGUAGACUCCACGAAGGGAACAGAUCCUGCAGAGUAGUGAUGUCUGAUGCAUGUUAGGAGCUCAGGCUAGCCUUCCUGUGAGAUUUCCACAGUCCUUUCAGUGGAUGGAGCGUUUGCCCUGUUCCUUACACAGAGGUACCAGCUGCCUUUUAGCACAAUGCAGGCUGACUGCGGUUACAGUCAUUCUCUGGGCACUUAAUGCAUUUGAGUGGGAUGUUUUGUGCUUAAGCACUUGUGAGUGUCCAGGGGAACACUUGGAUUGGGGACCCUAAAAAAAAAUUUAAGGCCCUUUUUAUCUGUACUCUGUGUGGUGCCUUCCACUGACAAUCUUCUGUGGUCUUUGAUUUCUUUGUUACAGGGAAGCAUUUUAAUCUUGGUGGAUUUUCAAGUUUUGUUUUUCUUAUUGGCAGGUGUCCCUGGUAAAAGGCAGGGAGAGAAUAUCAAUAAUUUUUUUCUAAAUAUUUCUAUGCUAAGUGUGGCACUCUUACAUGAUUUAAAUUUUUUUUCUAUUUAGGGCUCUGAAUAGCCUUUUCAAAAUGAUUCUUGUGUUGUUUCACCACAUAGGAAUGGAAUAGCAUUCUGGGCUUGUCCUUGUUGCCCCUCAUGUCCUGUCUUACCCCACCGUGAGUGUGAGCCCAGACUCUGUCACAUCUGCGUUUGGGCCAGGGGUAUGAUAAAGCUCACCCCUACAGAACUCCUGUUUCUACCAACUGGACAAUGUGAUUUCGGGACCAGGCUUUGUCUCCCCAAAGGCUCCCCUGUGAAUGUGCAGCAUGAACCUUGCUCUGUCACUGCUAGUCUGAUGUCCUGGUCCCACACUGUCUGGCCUCCCUGUGGCUUUAAUCUGCAGACUUCUGCUCUUCUCCCUCUCAGAGGACAGCCCUUCUCCUGGUCAGUCACCUGGACACCCAACUGUUUCCCUGGCUUUGCAUUCUUGGCUGGCUUUGGCUAGCUGCAAGCUCAGUCAGUACCAUCAAGAAAAGUUGCUCUAAGUAUUAGCGAAAGAGGACUUGUAAUAAAAGUAUUCAAGGGUGUUCUUUGUUCACAAAUCCACCCUUAAUCUAUGCCCUAAAAAUGAUGAAGUUUGCAGGGAUUUUUUUCCAGAAACUUUUGGUAUAUUAGUCCCCAAAAGAGGUUCUUAAAAAAGUCCUCCAAGGAAGGGUAGAAAGGUUGAUUUUAAAUCUUUACCAAGUCUUUGCCCAGCGGAGGAGAGGAAUCCUGUUGUCUUGUGGGUUUCAGUUCAGCAGCAUCUCAUAGAUGUUCAUACCCAGGUGUCUGCCUCUGCUCCUCUGACCACACGCUUUGUUCCGGACACUCCCUGCUGCCCCCAGAGUCCCCGUGCACUCCCGGGACCUCUCAUGGUAUUUGCUCAGUAACACUGCAUGUUGUAGGAGUUGAAGGGCAGUCAGAUGCCUGAGCAUGCUUUCUACUUCCUCUUCCUAGUGCUUGUGUGAUUUGAAAUGUUACUCUACUCCCUGAGCGUUCUUGCCCAUCUAGUGAUGGGGGCAGGGGGCAAUAUGCUCCCCACACGAGGGGCCUUCAAAAAGUAAUGGCAGUUAAGCAUCUCAAGGCUAUUGUCAGUUUAGAAGCCACAGGGAUGUUGCGGGGAUGGUGGCUGAUUUCGGGGACCUUCUGCAUAGCAAAUGAAUGCUUCUCCUACUAAACCACAAACCUGGCCACAGAAAAAAGGCUUCCUUCCUAUAGAAAGUUGAAACUCCCCACACUUGAUCCUCUAUGUCCAAGAACGAAGGGAACAUCCCUCACUUUCUCAUUAGUAAUUAGUAUUUCUAUUGAAUGGCAAUAACCAAGCCAAAGUAGGUCUACAUAAACAAUGUUCUAGGUUCUUAGAAUGAUUUUUUUUAAUCUUUUCUUUUCAUGACUCUAUUCUUAGUUUCCCAUGGAAAUAUGUGGUGGGUAAUGGACCAUGAAGACUAGUUCAUACCCUAGGAUCAGAGAUGAGUGGCUGCGGUACACUAACAUGCAUGCGUGUGUGUUUGUGUAUUGGUGUGUGUGUAUGUAUGUGUGUGUGUAUGGGUUGAUGUGUGUGUUGGUAUGUGUGUAUGUGUGUGUGUUGGAGUGUGUGUAUGUGUGUGUUGGUGUGUGUGUAUGUGUGUUGGUGUGGAUAUCGCUCUGUGUAUCUAUACAUGUUGUAUACUUAGUUCUUCAGUGCCAGGUCCUUUGUUCAUAACCGUGAAAUAGAAACAAGUAGUAUGAAGACUUCGAGGUGAUGGUGUCAGGGAAAGGGUAGGGCAUAGGAGAAGUUAAAGCAGCACCUAUGGACAAAGUGUUAGUUGAUUUCCAUUCCUGGAUCACUUCUUGGAGUCACUGGAUGGAAAGAACUCUGUCCCCAGAAGGCUCUCCUUCUCAAGAAGACACUCUGGUUUACUUUUGUUUUGAUUCACAUGGGAGAGCUGGGCAGGCACAAAUGAAGCUCUGUCAGGGUUUAGUGGAGAAAUCCUCUCCAUUGCUUGAGAUUCUUUGCCCUUCCUCCUUUGUUUUCCUCGUUCUAAGAAGCCUGGAACUGUAGAUGAGGUAGUCCGAGGGACUUUCUAGGUGUGGGGUUAGGUAAAGAUGCGCAAGCCAGAUGGUUUCUAUCUGUAGAAAUCACAUGCCUUUCAACCUUGGGGAUAGGCAGUAAAGGUUGAAGUGUUCACUACUGUGAGACUUGGGAACGUCAAUGCUUGUGUAAAUGUAAUAUAAUUAAUUUCCAAAGGAAUACAUGUUAACUAAAAGUCUGUAAAUAUGCUACUAGGCCAACUUUCCAACAUUUAUAACUAAUUUUUAACCUUUAAGAAGCUUUAUUAUAUAUUUCUUUGUUAAUAGUAACUAAGCAGGAAGCUUCUAAACACAAAUAAAUACAGUUUAUAGAAAAAAAGGACAUACAGACUGGGUAAUGGUUAUUGUAUUGUAAGAGCAAAGGAAGGGACACAAGGAAGUUUGGAGCUCUUCCAUCUUUUCCUUUCUUACAAUCCUUAGCAAUUUGUAUUUAAAAAAACUGAAAUGUGUGUAUGUGUAUUGAAGAGUGUCAUAGUGUGAACAUUCAACCUUUGUGUAUGUUUCUAGUAUUAGGGCCACAUUGCCUGUGUACACACAGAAGGUCCCCUCCCAUUCCGACUGCUGUGUGCAGCGCUGGAUGUGUUGCAGGCAGGAUGGCCAUCUGUCAUGGGUGUCGAACAGGCAUGAGGGUGGAGGCUGAAGGACCACCAACUAUGUCCUCUGAGGAGCCCUCCAGCGCCGAGCCUGUGAGUCUGUGAAAUAACUUGGCCCUAAUGUAGUGCCAGGGACAUUCUCUUGAAACUUAAUGUGAUAUCAUAUCCUUUAUCAAUAUAUUGUAUCACUGCAGUUUGCGACAUUAUGCUGUAAAAUGCUAGGCCAUAAAAGCUUAUAAUUUAUAAGCCUAUGUUAGGUACUUACUUUAUGUAUUGUAGCCUGAUAGCCUUGUAAUCCAACAUUGCCUAUCAUUUAUCCUAUAUAUAAUUCCAUGGAGAGUUCUGGUGACAUUAUAAACCACAAAAGCAGAGCUCAAGUGGUUAGUCAUUAGAACCCCAAGAUAGAAAUACCUUGAAUUACAUUAUUCGGUAUUCAUUAUUUUCUAUGAUGUGAAGUUAAAACACUUGCAUCUGGAACAUUUUCUAUUUACAUUCCUCAUCACGGUAUUCAUAUACAUGUCAAUCAUCAGGGCUUUGCUUCAGUUCCACAUCACAACUACAUAGAGCCUUGGUUUUGUAGAAAAUGUGUGCUUCUCGCGCAGAGCCGCGUUGUCCAUCAUUCUCAUCGUGGUUCUUUCCCUUGGCUGCUUAUCAAGCAGGAAAUUCUGCUGCCUAUCCAUUGUGAAGUUUGUUGUUGUUGCCUGUUAAGUUCAAGAGCAGCAGAGUGCAUUUGUUUUUGAAUGAAGUCUAAAUCAUUCAUACAGAGCCCAGUCAAAAAUAAACACUCCACAAGGUUCUUUUACACAAAACCUGCUGUAGCUGGGGUCAUGGGCCAAGGGCCACAGUCGUGCUAAGGAAUGCUGAGUCCAUUAAAGCAGUAUAGAAUGCUGUGGAGUACUUUAUGAGGUCUUUGUCUGUCCAGGCUUCCCAUCAUCUGCUAACAUUUACCCAAUAGUCCUCUUCUUUCAAGAUUUGUUUUAAGUGAUGGGAAUUGGUCCUGGUGCCUUAUACAUUUGAGACAAUCAUUCGACCACUGAGCUGUUGUAAGUUUGUUCUUGAUUUAUAAACAAUGCCACACUUUCUUGUGCGCCUCAUCUUCUCCCUUGUGACUUUUUCUUCUCAGCAACACUUUGAUUAUAAGAGCUAUAGGUGGUGAGGCAGAUGAUGGUCACAGCAGCAGCUGGUCUCUUUCACUUGAUUUCAGAAUGAAAAUUUCCCAACCUCCCCCUCCACAGUCCGAGUUCCUUACAGUUGAGCUCUAUUUUUUUUCCCUUCGGAUUUUUAGAGACUCAAAGUUUGGAGAAAGAAAGAUGACCAAAAGCUAAUAAAAGAACCAAGUUGUAAAGAAUGGAAGGCAAGCUACUGUAAAAAAAGAAAAGAAAAGAAAAAAAAGAGCUGCUUUAUAACGGAGUUGUUAUAACUAUUCACAGGGGUACAAAGGUCUGCAGAGGGACAGUGGUUACAGCCACUUGUUAUUUGUUGGAAUGGAGGAAGAGAGGCAGAGAUUUAGACACAAAAAGAGAACACAAAUGAAGAGCAGUGAACAGACAGCUUUCCCUUUAAAUCGUGCUGUGGUUUCUCUCCUAGUCCAUCAGUGACUUGAAAGUAUUGAAAGAUAAACAACCCAAGCAAGGGCCUUGGAACCCUGCCAUAUGCUAGGAUCUCAAUUAAGGGAUGAAAUUGCAGGACACUCUUCAGUUAGAUCACAAGGGAGGCUGGGAUGGGGGGCCAUCCAGCAGGCUGGGGGCUGCUUUGGGCAUGGGCUGUAGGGGCUCCUAGGGCAUAACUACCUGCAUUAGCAUUGAUGGCUCUUAGUGGCACAAAUCUCUUCAAAUCCAUAAGAGAAUAGACCCCCGGAAGGGAAGAAAUGGCUGGAGAGUGGGGGUUUAACUUUGCUUGACUCCUCUUUGUCGGCCCUCCUUGCUUCUUUCUCUUUGGCAUUUGCUAAGGAGUAAGAACAGCAGGCCAAGGGGGGGGGGUGGAUCUCAAAUGGAAAUAACUCUGAUGCUGUGUAGGGGCCUGAGAGUUUUAAGUGCUAUUCAAAAUCCAAGUUGCAGAGAAUCUUGGCGGGCGCGUUUGGGGCACUUGAGCAGUGAGUCUCUCCAUUUGUGCUCAUUUGCAUCGCUGCACUGUCAUAUUGUGCUGUGGCACCGUUCGCUCUAAGCAUUGCGUUAUUGACUUAAAAGGUGUCAUUUUCCAAAUGACAGAGGUAUGGAAGCACAUUUUCCUUAUUUCAUAAUUUGCACACAGACUGGAGAAGACUUAUCCAUUGUCACAAAAUUCGGCUAUGAUGGAUCUCGUACUUUAACUGGAUGGUGGGUGUAGGGAAAUGUACCAGUGCAUUAAUUUUAAUGGAAGACUGUGGCAUCACUGAAAAAUAUUUUGAAAGUCAAGUCAUGUUAAUUUCCUUCCUUCCUUCUUUCCUCAUCGUUCUUGAGGCCUGAAUCAUUGUUGGCUUUUUAUUGUUUCGUGUCGCCAAGGAAAAGUGUUGAUCAAGAUAAUUGAGGCUCUAGUUUUAUUUAUGUUUUGUGUGUCUUUUUUCCCCAUUAAUAUGUUGUGCAGAUAGUAGCUUGUUCUGGACUUGUGAGGAAUGCAGUAAUUAUCUUUCUUUUACUUAUUUUCACCACAAAAGUUUGGUAUGUACACCUGUCCACACUUUCAGGACAUUUGGGUCAUGAGGUCUUUUGGGCACCAAGAUUUCUGCUCUCUUCACUUGAGAGCGUGGAGGGUACAGAGGUACAGUCUCCAGGCAGCCCACCACGGAGGUUAACUUAGAAAUUCCAGCUAGACGUAGAUUGGGGGUUUUGUUAUUUUUUUAUUAGUAUUCUUAUUGUUUAUGUUCAGAAUCAACCUUUUUUCUUUCUAUAGAUGAGAAGCCAGCUGGGUUAGGGGUAUGAGGAAGGCAAGGGAAGUGUGCUGGUGUGAACUUACUGGGUUGGGGGAUAGUUGGAUAAUUGAGAGCUUGCUUAGCGUAUGUAAGGCCCUGAGUUGAAACAGCAAAAAUAAAAUUAAAAGCCCAGAUCAGCUACUGGUUGAAUGAAUAAGGAAAGUAGAAGAUUAGUGUAUUUGGCUUUGCUCCAAAAGUGUGUGCGCAUGUGUGGUGUGUGGAUGUGUAAAUUUCUGUCUGUUUGUCUGUCUGUCUGUCUGUGUGAAUAUGUAUGUGUGUGUGUGAAUGUGUAUUUGCUUUUGUGUAUGUGUGUGUAAUGUGUGUGUAUGUGUGUGCAUAUGUGUGUAUAUGUGUGAAUGUGUAUAUGUAUGUAUGUGUGUGAAUGUAUAUGUGAAUGUGUGUGUGUGUGUAUGUGUGUGUAAUGUGUAUGUGUGUGCAUGUGUGUGCUACUUUAUUUCAGACCUUCUGAAAUAACUGGGUCACUUACUAUUGAUAAUAUACAAUCCCAUUAAGCUUUCAGUUUAGGAUAAAUACUCACUAAUUGGGAUUCUCUGACUACAAAAUUAAGAUGGGGGAAAUGUGUCUGAGUUUGUGCUGUUAGAACCUCUUCAAAGACAUAGAAGACAACAAUCUUCCUUGAACCAGGCAGAAAGCCGUAAUGCAUCAUUUCUAUGUUGAGCGAGAUGGGACCUAAACACUUCCUUCACCCUUCAGAUGCCUAUCUACUCUGAGGGAAGUCCGUCUUUGCCAGGACAGAAUCGGCAGUACAGUGAUGUUGUUUAAAAAGUUCCAGGAGUAUGUAUUGCUGUUGUACAGGAACAAAAUAAGUCAAGUUUCUUUUUCUGGGAUUUCAAAUUCUUCCCAAGGAGAAACAAUUAAUAUUAAGGCCUUUACAGUGGGAUUAAUUUAGUAUAUCUCUCAGGAGUAUAUUAGGUAUUAUAUUUAUACAUUAUAAAGUAUAUUUUGAUAUGCCUUAAAUUAAUAAUUUUCUCUCUUCAGGGUGAAUGUAGAGCUCACAGUUUCUGUCUGUGUGAUGGGAAGGGAGCAGGAGGAAGUGGGGAAAGAUGGAAAGGAGCCCUGGACUGUGUCCUGCUGGCCUGCUGGUUAUCCCUACUGCAGUCGGAGCCUUUUCUAUGCUAGCUGAGCAGUUCCAAAGGUGGGGUGUCCUAAGUGGCAGGGCUAACAGGAGACAGGCCAUUUUCUCUAACACUGCUUUCAAAUUUUACUUUUGAAAUGUAGCUCCUUAAAAGUGUGUUCUUCCCAUGGUGGCCGUGAAGAAUUGCUGAACUUUUUCUGUCUCUGCCAUCACAGUGGCUUUCCUGGCUGGCUCUUAGCAGAUGCUGUCAGCUCCUCACCUCCCUCACUCUGACUUCAUGGAUGGCUGCAUGUGCUGGUGCUUCUGAGUCAGGGGGAAGGGCACAGCUGCAAAGAGGGUCACCCCUGGAGACUCAGGCUUCCUGCCUCUGCAGGGCUGGCAACCCUGGUCCAUCAGCCCUAUGACCUGUCUCCCUUCCCCUUCUCAGAUUCGUCUGGCAGGAAAGCCCAUUGGCCCCCGUGCAGAACGCUAAACAGGCUGAUGAGGGAGGGAGAGAGAGAAGAGAGGAAGCCAUCUCUAAGAACAGAACAUUUUGACAACCUAUAUUUACAAGACUGGACAUUUUGAAAGUCAGCCGUGUUUCUUACUGUCUAGGCAUUCCUCUUAGCUGUCUUAAGCAUAUAACUGGGUAGCUUGGUUACAAACCCUGCCAGUCCUGUGUGAUUGUUCACCUGCAUGGUCUGCAAAACAAAGUGGAGAGGCUCUGUCUGUUUAUUUGGACUCACUCACAAGGUCUAGUCCAUUGGAACUACUCAGCCCACAGUAUCAUCGGGUUGCAGCAAAAAUGCUGCUGUGACCCCAUUUUUCUUUCAGUCGUGCCGUUAAGUUCUCCUCCAGUUUCCCUUCCUUGUUACACCACACACAGCCCAGGAUGGAAGAAAUUGCCAAGCUCCUCCUCUACAAAACACUCCCUUACAUGACAGAAAGGAUUCUUCAAAUGCCUGUCAUAUCCAAGCUAGCUUUAUCACAGUGGGUUCCAGUAGCCUCACAAAUCUGCAGGAAACCCACCAUAAAUUUUUCAGUUGCUUCAUGACUGAAUGUUUGCACUAUAGCAAGAUUUUUGGCAAUAUUUUACAGGUUGGAUACGGAUUUUGUUUUGAACAAAAGCCCAGAUAAGGCUUCUAAGUCUUUCUCCUUUUCUUCUUUAUUUCCAAUUUUUCCCCUUUGGGGUUGAAGCAUUUCUUCCCCUGUGUUCUCUGAUGCUUGGAUGAACAGUAUGAUGCUGAGGUAGUUGUGUGCCUGACAGACAUAAAGUUAAAUAUACAACAACGAUGAAGAAUCCAGGGAACAAGCCGUUAAGUCCCACAACAGGCUUUAAGAUGUUGUAAAUAUAUUCAAAUGGCAAGUCUCCCAUCCACGAGACACAACAUCUUAUUUCAUUUUGAAAACAAGUCUGAAGAAUGUCCCAAGAAUUUUACAUCGAAUGUCUGGCGGAGUGCAAGUAUUUCUUCAUUAUUCCAAACUUCUUGCCCACAACUGUAUCAUAAAUACCUGCAGAGUUGGCUGCAUUGAACUUUGUUACAUUUUCCUUCACAUCAGACCGUUCUCUUCUCUCACAGUGUUGUGCUGGUAGAAGCUCCAUUUUUCUAUUCUGUGUAAUCUUUGGAAAAGAUACCAGUGCCUUUUUAUUCAUAGGCAAUGAGCCAUUCUCAGCAGAUGUAUAAUUGUUUGGAACAAUAUGAUAAUAGUUGCCUUACUAGUCACUGUGUUUGUGUGUGUGUGGAGGGGGGGUAUGGGGUGGGGGGUGGAUUGGGGCAAAACACCUGACUCAAAAGGGAGGAUUUGUUGACUCCAGGGUGAUCCAAUCUUUUAUGGCAGGAGAGGCAUCGCUAUGGUGAUCAUACUGUGAGGUUUGGGACUCCUGAUCACUCGAUAUCUUGGAAGACCAGAGACUGCAUAGGAAGCAGAGUGCUAUCUAAGACUCAAGUGUUUCAGUUAGGUUUUACUUCUGUGAAGAGAUGCCAUGACCAUGGCAACUCUUAUAGAGGAAAACAUUUGAUUGUGGGGUUUGCCUAGGUUAGAGAUUUAUGGUUCAGGUCAUCAUGGUGAGAGACAUGGCAUCACUCAGGCAGCCUGUCCUAGAGAGGUAACUGAGUUCUGCAUCCAGAUUAGCAGGCAGCCAGAAGAGAGAGUGACACUGGGCCUGGUAUGAGUAAUUGGAACCUUAAAGCCCACCUCCAGUGACACACUUCCUCAACAAGGCCACACCCCCUUAUAAUGCCACUCCCUCUGAGUUUAUAGGGGCUUUUUCAUUCACACCACCACACCAAGGUUCUCCCCUCGCCUCUGACCUGCUUCCUCCUGUUACACUCAGCUCCUAAUGCUUCCAUGUCACUCUACAGUGCCACCAACUGGUGAUCAACUGUUUAAACCCAUGAGUGUGUAUGAGUACAUUUUACCUUGACAUUGUUAAAGCUAACAUUCAGGAGCACUGAAUGAGAAUCGCUGGACUCUGGGAUGACUUCAGCAGUGGAACUGAGACGCAUCUGGCCAUCAGUCAUCUACACAGGGACUGCCUCCAGCCCUUUUGUAAGCCAGGGUGAAAAGAACUGCAAGGCCACUCACCCACCCACGCGCUUCUUCCAUCCCCAUUUUCCUCUCUAGCUCUGUCUCAUGAAAUAUGUAACUGUAAUUCUUUGAGUCACUUUGAAAUUAAACGGAACUUUCAGGCUUUCAUUGAAUUAAUAAUGAAAAUUACUGCAAGAAAUAAUCAGCAUAAAAAUAAACUCAAAGAGAAUGCUGAUUGAGCCCCAUAAACUUUGGUUCUGAAACAAACCAAGAGAAGAAUGCAAUCUUUUCAGAUAGUGAAGGUCUGCAGGUGUGAACUGUGGAACUCAAGCCUGGGUGAAAUCUUAAAAGCUUACUGAAUGCCUGAUUUGAACAAAAUUGAUAAAUGAAUAUCUUACUAUUAUGUAAUUUUAAUAAGAAUGAGUUGAUCCCAGUGAAGAUACUUUCAGUGACAUAAGGAUGAAAAGGGGAGAAAAAUAACCCAUAAUAGUAGUUUUCUACAAUCAGCAUUUGAUGAAGGGAUUUAAUCAACUUGGUUGGAUAUAGCCCAGAAAUUCCUUAUGAUAAAAAUUCAUCAGUAUUGGCAAAAUACUUGUUAAAAUGCUUAUAUUCAACAUUUUUAGAUCGAAAAUGCUGGAACAAAAUGGCAGAGUAAAUGUAUUGGUGAUAAAUACCUAUUCCUGUUAUCCCAUCUUCAUAGGUCUACAGAACAGGUGGUUAGGACCUUCCUGGAGGAGGAGUUGAAACCUAUAAACUUCAUGAAACUGGAGGUUCAUAAUCAGGGUAUGAGUUCUAAAUAUCAGUCCUGGGGUGGAAACACCUUUUCAGGAGAGGUGUUGGUGAUGGUCACGCUGAUGCUGAUGACAAUGAUAAUUGCGUUGACUUGGAUUUUUGAAGAUGGAGUCUUGCUUUGUGGCUUAAGGUGGGCUUGAACUUCUAAUCUUUCUGCCUAACCUCCCAAGUGCUAAGAAUAUAAGCACAUCACCAUGCCUAGACCUUACUUACAAUUUAAAUAUCCAUCCAACAAGAGCAAGUCUGGAUAUAAACACACUUGAAAAAAUAGCUCUGCUGGUUACAAAUGUGAUAUGUUAAUGCAAAGAAUGUAGCUUAGGAAAUAGGUUUUACAUAUGCACUAGGAAAAUCAUUGACCUUAUUUUUUUUCAUCAAUUAGAAUAACUGUUAAUGUACCCUGAUCACUGGUGUUAAAGGUGGAUAACAUCACUAGCUUCCAUAUGCCAGUCCCAGGCAAGGAAGUUUAACUGUCCUAGUAACCUUGGAUGCAUUAAUAUAUUUUGUUCCCUGGGGCCAAAUGAAUUCAGUUCUUACCUUAGUUUUGAUUAAGAGAUGUGAAACUUGUCACAAUGUAUUAUUAUAAUCGAAAGUAGUAUCUGACUGGAGGAUUUUUGAAAAUUGUCCAAGCCAGUAGCUACAAAACAGACAAGAGAAGGUUUCAGUGACCACUUCUGACGCUUCACCGUGUGGCUGCAUCAGGUUACCUAGCAGGGGUCUCCAAGUCAAGUUCAAGUUCAGAGAAUGUUCAAAGGAGACAAGGCUCCUUCUUAGCACUCUCCUUGCUCCUUCCUCCUGCUCUGUCUACUUCAUGGUUCUCAGGUGCUCAGAACAACUUUAACUCACCCUGAGUUACCAUCUCUGUCUGCCAUACUGAGGCCCCAGCAGGUCUGCUGCCUUUCAGUGGGGCACAUUCUAGCCAAGAACCAUACCACAGUUCUCUUAUUUCUCUGGGUUCACGGAAUCAACAAACUUGCUCCUUCGUUAUCUUGGUGAUUAUCCAUCACCUUCCUUACCAUCUCUAUGAAAGUUUAGGUUCUCUUUUUCUUUGACCAUAAAUAAUGCUUAGUGCACAUUUAUAGAGAGAUAAGAUGAACUGUUACUUAGAGGAAAUUGAUGCUAUAAUCUAAACCUCCCAAGUGGCUUUAACCUGCUCAGACAUCUUUGGUUUUAGAAGGAAACAUCUUUGAUUUAAGUAAGCUAAAAGAUGACCUUUGAAUGGGCCAAUAGAAUGAGGAACAUUAUCGAGUAUCAGGAGAGAAUGCAUUUAAGGAUACAAUAGUUGCUAUGGAGAAUUAGACAACAUGAAUGUAAGACCCCAGAAAAGUUAGGUCCUUAAGCUGUUACUGUUUACAAAGAAAGAAACAAGAAGCCAUUCAGGUUACUCCCUGCUUCUCCUGUUCUGGGAGCAGAGGAGAGAAGAGAAUAUGGAGGCCAGAAGGAGUCUUUACACAUUGUCUAUCUGUCUUCGUAAGGCUAAACCUUUGGUUCAUUGUGUGCCAAUCCCUUUAGUUGUUGCUUUCCUUAACUAAGGGUUUUAUAGCCCUAGUGAAAACAUAAGAAUUUAGGGUGUUUGCUAGAAAGCCCCCAAUCCCUUAGUUCUGUGAGAAGAAGGGAGGCUGAGUCUUAAGCUCUGGCUCUUGACUUCAGGCCUGGGCAUUACUUUAGUCUGUAGGCCUCUGAGCAAGAGCUGGCUUUCUUUAUGCACGUAACAUGGAGUCCCUCUGACAGGCAAGGCCAGAGGAUCUGCACCUAGAGCAGCCAGGGAAGUUCAUUGUGUGGCUUUUAAAACUUGAGAGAAAUGAGAGAGAGUGUGGGAAAGAGAAGGGGAAGGAGAAGGGAAAGGGGAAAGGGAAGGGGAAGGAGAAGGAGAGAGGAAGUGGAGAGAGAGCAGAGAGUGUAGCUUCCUGGGCAGAGAAGAGCUGUUCUUGUCCUCUUCUGCGGAAACUGUUAGAACCAUCGACCCUGCGAACACCGUACUGGGUUAGGGAAAGGCUAGAGCUGUGGUGUCAGUCUGAGCAGAACUUGUCCUCUAGGAAGCAGGUCUCACAGAUCUGACAGCCUGUGCAUGUGUCAUGGCUGCUACUUCAUCUUUUCUAUAACAUUACAGCUUUACCACAGGAGAAGCGGAGAGAAAGCUCAGUGUGUUUCUCCCUGGUUUGAUAAAACUGCAAAUAAAUCCCUUUCCUUUAUCAAUCUGAGUCCUGGGCAGAUGCAGCAGGGUUUUGAGUCUAAGUACCCCAUGACAGAUACAACAGAAUGUGUGUUGUGACCAGAGAAAUGAGGAUGGUGGGCCGCCCGUGGAAUAGACAAGCCCUUCUAUUGGGCUCAGUCAGUGUACUGCAGAGUAUACCCUGACAGGGAUGGAAAAUGGCAUAAAAUUAUAAAAUCGAGCAGAGAAUCUUUCUCUUAGCUUCAGCGGGUCCAGGGUACCUCAGGAAUAAGCAGACAGAGCGUGUACACAGAUUGAGCAACCAGAUUUCAAGCUCAUCUCACCAUCCUUGCUUGUGAGACAGGGAAGACCUAGUCCUAAAAGACCUGUACUCAAUUUGCUCAGGGGCUAUGACAUGGCUGACGGUGGGCUAGACUGAGGCUAUCCCGACCAUCCAUCUCUAGAGAUCCAUCUCCCCUACUGAUAAUGCCAUCCACACGCCCCAGGAUGGCAACUCACAGGCAAGCGCCUGAGAAAAGCCUUGCUCCACAAAGUGUCCUGGACAGAAGCUUUUCAUAAUAGGUCAUUUCAGUCUGUGGAAACUGUGCCUUCAGUAGAAAUGAAAUGACAGUCAUUUUUGACCCAUGGGGGUUCACCUCAGGGCCCCCACAUAUAAUGCAACCUACAAUGGUCAAUCCUAUGUAUAAAAUUCCAUAAACUUUGCAUAUAAUCUAUGUAUGUAUUCUUAUACUUUAUGUCUCAUCGAGACAAGGGUCUAUCCUCAAACUCAGGCAAUCCUCCACCCCUAGUCCUGGGUUACAGGGGCACACUACUAUGCCACGGAUCCAUCCCCCUAGUCCUUAUGGACUUUAUAAAACAGAUCCAUAGGUUGAAGCGUAUUUAUCUGAUGGAGAUGUUGAUUUCAUGAGGGAAACAAGCUCCUGUCUGUUUUUCUUCCUUUCUUCUCACCUUCUGAACCCUGUGCUGAGUUGGCCAACUUUCCGUCUUUCCUUUUAGACUUUAUUACUUCCCCCCACAUACGCUAGUCUCCUUAUCCAAAUAGCUUGCUUCUUUCUACCAACCAACAGUAAGAGAGGUAGCUACCAGUUUUACUUGUGUAGGUUGUGUUUGGUUUUACCAUUCUAUCCACAAAGACAAGACACGUUCACAUCGUAAAUAAGACGUAGUGCUGUGAUCUGAACCCACAGCACCAUCCAAUUGAGAAGACAGUUGUUUAUCAUUCUGCUUUGCAGUCUCUGGACCAGUCUUGCAGUCAUCUCUGCAGGCCAUUGGGAUAAAUGUCAGCAUCCUUUGUGUGUCUUCUGCUCUGCCCCUCCCCCUCUGUCCUCUGUGCUUGACAGGAGCCCCACCUAGUCCUGAUGAGUUCCAUCCAUGUUGGCCUCUUAUGCUGCCUGUCUGCUUGGGAGUCAGGGUUUCCCCUCCAUGGUAGUUUCAUGGCUGUUUCUUCUGGGCGGUCGUCCCAGAACCCUGUCUUAAGUGCGUCUAUGGUUGUGUGCUUUGAACUUCUUGGUUGUUGUUUGUCUUCUGACUGCUGUGAGCUCCAUAAAGUCUGAAACUGGCUGCGGCAUCCCCAGUGCCUGCACAGGGUAGGCACUUAACAAGUCCUUUUUAUGCAACUCAUGGAAAGAAUGAAUAGUCCUGACUUUCGAGUUUGCCCAGACCCCUGGCCCCGCCUCCCUGCCUCUGCAGUUCUGUUUUCUGUCCACUCACUUCAGCUUCUCCUGGAAGUCUGAGCCCACAGUAUCUUUACCAGUCAUUUUGGAAAUGACCCAGUCUGAUCCCAGCCAGAUAUUAGCCCCUCCAGUAUGUAACAGUGUACGUAUUUAUUGGAUUGAAGCAAAUUGAUACCAUAACUCAGUCUUAAGAAGGUUUAUUUUGCCAGGGUCAUGAGAAUUGAAUCAAAGGGCUGCUUCAAAAGUUUCUUUUCUGCUAAAUUACAAAUCUAAACUUGGCUGAGACACGUAGCUAGAGUGAGCCAAUUUAAAAUAAGCUCCUGGUCUGCUCCUGCUCCUGGGGAGGAACGACCUGCCUCUCAGGUGCCCUUUAGAGAACCCAGACUGAGUUGGAUCAGGGAGAAGACAGACUUUUCUUAUCGUAGAUUUAAUUGCCUCCUCUACCUCUCUUUUGCUUUCUCCAUCCCUCCCCAUUCUCUCUCUCCCUCCCUUCCCCCUUCCCCCUCUCAUGUGUCUAUGGGUGUGUGUACAUGUGGAGGCCAGAUAUUAGCCUGACUACUGUUCCUCAGGUCUUUUUGAAGCAGUGUCUCCCACUGAGGCCUGGAGUUCACUGAGUAGACUGGAUUAAGUACCCAGAGAACCCCAGGGAUCCACCUAACUCCACCUCUCCAGUGCUAGGACUCAGUACAUGCCACCACACCUCAGCUUUUAAAACACUGAUUGUGAGACCAAGCACAAGUCCUCAGUCUUGCAUGGAAAACCCUUUACUGACGGAGCUUCCGAGGAAUAGAGAUGCAGAUGGUGAAUCUUAACCACAUGGGUUCAGAUCUGCCUGUUGACAUUCUCCUAGGCCUACCCAUGCUAUGGCAUAUAGCCCGCGGUAGCAUGCAUUUCCUUCAGCUUCCCCAGCUCAACAGCCUUUGGGACUUGAUAUAAGUGAAGCACGUGGUAAGGCACUUGGCUCAACUUAAUUGCUGCAGAAGUGAUGCUAUUGCUUUUAUUAUGCUGCUUUAAAUGUGAAUAAUAGUUGGUGUUUUUAACACCAAUGUCUGAGUGCCCUGGAGGAAACCCUAGGUAGGCAUUUGUUCUAAACAGGGCCUGCAUUUCUUGUAUCUCUCUUGCCAUUUUUGAAAGGCUCCCUGAAACUUCUUUUCCUUGGUUGAAUCCAUAGACAUAAAAAAAAAUAAGAGAGGAGGGCUGGGGAGUCAGUCUCCCUCCUUUAUGGCCAUAUGACCUUUCCUCCUCGUUUUCUAUUUCCUGUUUUGUUCCAGUUUCGGCUAAAAUGCCCUCCAGCCUCUAGGCUUCCAAUGCAUUUCUUGGGUACCUAGUCUUAUAACAUAUUGCCAUUAGGAGUCUUUUCUUGAUCUAAAACCUGAAUUUUCCUUUGCUUAAUUUAAUCCCUCCUCACAUACACCUCGGACCUCUUUAAAUAAUUCUUCUCCCUCGCUGCCAUUUGCACCUUUCAGUUACUUGUAGAGAGUUGUCAUAGCUCCCUUCGGGCCUAAUCCUAUCACUGUGAUUCAUGUUGGGCAAGCUGUACAUUUUGUACUAGUCUAUGGACACAUUCUUAGACUGCUGCUUGGCUGAAAUAAAGACAAUUCUCCAGUGGUAUGAUCCGGACCUUAUCAUCAAUAACAGCUACUAAAUGUGAAACAAAGCAAGCGACUUUUUGAGAAAACAAAGAACGGAAUAAAGAGGAAGCCGUCGCUUACCCAUUCUAUUAUUCUUAUCAAUGAUGGAGGUGCCAUGUGCUGAGAGUGGUACAAGUCACUGUCUUGCUUUGAUCUAAAUUCUGUAUUUAUAGGAGGCGGCUUUAUGAAUAGCCACAAAGGUAGUGUGACCUACAGAUGUUUUGUUUUCAAGAGUGUGAAAGCCUGUGGGUGACUGUGCAAGCAGUGUUUUCGGAGCUUAUGCUGAGUCUUUUACAGUGAAAACUGCUUCCGUUAAAAAGCCGCACCCUUUAUUAUGGGCUAUGGACCUCCUCCUGUCUCCAAGGCUGCAGCUCUUUAGAGAUCUAGGUCCGGCCUCAGUGACUAGAAAAGUGAUGAGGAAUUUGAAGACAUGCCCUCAGUGACUUGCAAAAUGUCUCUGAGAAGUUGCAUGUGUCUUGGGGAGGUGAGGGACCAGGGCCACUGCUGUUACGUUUGGGGAGGAGGAUUGGAGGAGACCUUCCUCUUGGCUCGUGGGGCUCAGCUGAGCUACAGGCAAGCAGAGAAGAGGUGGCUUCUCCACUGAAGGACUUCUUCCUCUAAAGCUUAGGACUUCUCCCUCUAAAACUUAAUGGCUAGGUGACAUUGUGGGACUCUAUCUAUCUCCUCCUAAAAGCACCAAGGUGGGAAGGCAGGACUGAGACAGUGGCCACAUGUUUAGUGGUCAGAGGACCUUUCCUAGCAGAUUGGCCCUUCGGGGGCUGAUAGACUCGCUCCUGGCUGGACGGUGCUCUUUCAAACCUGUGUCAAAGCUCAUUGUUUAUGUUACGUUUACGUGCCCAGCUCUAGAAGCAAAUUAGAAAGUUGACUGAAGUUGACAUCCUUUCAACCCUUCCAGAAGAGAUCUUCCGUGAGUUAACUGGGAAAACUUAGACUUUACUUAAAUUAGUGUUUAUUUCUGUUUCCCUGGAAGCAGCAGAAGUAUUUCUACAGACUACCAUGGAAGCCCAGCCCCCAGCCUUCUGAAGGACAGUGACCUCCCUCUCCAGAUGCGUUUCCUGCUGGCCUUUCCCACCUGUGUUUUUUUGUUUGUUUGGUUGGUUUGGUUUUUUGUAUGCUUUUGCUUCAUCCAGAAUGGUCUCUAUGGUCAUUCGGGGAAGUCCUUUUCGACUUAACUUUCUUACAAAAUCAGUUCAGUGGCAUGCUUGGUUGUCUUGGGCCAUCUGGGGACCUGCCACCUCUGACACUUGUGCUCCUUACUCUGCCUAGUGGGCCCGCGUCUUCUUUCAGUCACAUGCACACUAAGCCUCCUAGCCAAUGCCACCCUCCUGCCUGCCUCUAUCCCUGUCAUUUGUCCUUGGAUUGUCCCCUUUGGCAGAGUCUGAGCGUGUCUGGCAUAACCUGGCCUCUAAGAUUCUUUUGUGUGCAGUGGUCCUGGGUGGUUUCAGUCCUUCACAGCAUCAGGGUGGAGCUGGGGACUCUGGAUGUUAAAAGCCCUCAAAGCAGCUGUACACACCUACCAACCUGAUAGAAUCUACUUUCUUCAAAUCUCCUUUGCUUCCCUUUAAGAUCUGCUGGUUCUCUUUCUUUGCAUAGUUUAAUUUCAUAGUUUAAUCGCUCACUUGAACAACUCUAAUUGUGGCAAAGUAUACAAGGCCUGGAAGUCUACCGUCUUAGUUUUGAGGUGUACACUUCAGCCGUCCUGAACACAGACGCUUCUGCUGUAACUGGUCGCUGUGACUCUUUUACUUGCUUGUUAGCUUGUUUGUUUUCUGAGAAAGGGUCCCUUGAUAUAGCUCACAGUGACCUGUAAUUUACUUUGUAUAUCCCAGGGUGACCUUGAGUUUCCAGCAACCUUGCCUUAGUUUCCCUAGUGCUGGGCCUGCAGGUUGUGACCUGCCUAUGUCCACAUCCAGGACACUUUUCAUCUUGUAGAACUAAAUCUCUACAGAUUAAGCACCCGCUCUCCAGCUUCUUUCUCCUAGCCUCAGGAAACCACUAUCCUGUUUCCUUUCUCUGUGAACUCAACUCCUCUAUGUCUCUCACAUAAGAGGAAGUAUUAUGAGAUUUGACUCUUAAUGCUGGCAUAUUUCACUUAGAGUAAUGUCCUUAGUGUUCACAAAGAUUGUACAUUAAAUGAGACUCCCCGUUUUAAGACUAAAUAAUCGUCCACUGAGGGUAUGUGUCCUGAUUUUUCCAACCGUUUCCUCAUCAGUGUGCAUGCAGGCUGCUUUCUCCUCUGAUGGCCAUGAGUAAUGCUGUACAGAACAUAUACCUGGUGCAGAUCCGUGUUCUACAACCCCUUCUGUUUCUCUUGAGUGACUUCCCAUGGAUUGCAUGGUUGACAGUUCUAAAGUCUGGGGUCUCAUGAGCCUUGAGAUGGCGUUGACGUUGAGGACGACCCCAGCUGCUCUUGGCCAGCCUCCUCGCCUUCCAGUAAGGACCAGACUUCCCCCAGCCAUGGAGAAGGGUGUGAUUUCGGAGAGGAAGAAGGUGGCCCUGGACUGCCUUACCCAUGCCAGUUCUGUGACAAGUCCUUUAGCCGCCUCAGCUACCUAAAGCACCAUGAACAGAGCCACAGUGACAAGCUGCCCUUCAAGUGCACCUACUGCAGUCGGCUGUUCAAACACAAGCGGAGCCGUGACCGCCACAUAAAGCUCCACACUGGGGAUAAGAAGUAUCACUGUAGCGAGUGUGACGCAGCCUUCUCCCGGAGCGAUCAUCUCAAGAUCCACUUAAAGACUCACACCUCCAACAAGCCAUAUAAAUGUGCCGUCUGCCGCAGAGGGUUCCUCUCCUCUAGCUCCUUGCACGGACAUAUGCAGGUUCAUGAGCGGAACAAGGACGGCUCCCAGUCUGGCUCCAGGAUGGAGGACUGGAAGAUGAAGGACACUCAGAAGUGCAGCCAGUGCGAGGAAGGCUUUGACUUCCCGGAAGACCUCCAGAAGCACAUUGCAGAAUGCCACCCCGAGUGCUCCCCUAAUGAGGACCGAGCAGCCCUCCAGUGCAUGUACUGCCACGAGCUGUUUGUGGAGGAGACGUCCCUCAUGAACCACAUCGAGCAGGUACACGGGGGUGAGAAGAAGAACUCUUGCAGCAUUUGCUCAGAGAGCUUCCUCACGGUCGAGGAGCUGUAUAGCCACAUGGACAGUCACCAGCAGCCAGAGUCCUGCAAUCACAGCAACAGCCCUUCCCUGGUCACUGUGGGUUACACCUCAGUGUCCAGCACGACUCCAGACUCGAACCUCUCAGUGGACAGCUCGACCAUGGUAGAGGCUGCACCACCGAUUCCAAAGAGCCGCGGGAGGAAGCGAGCUGCUCAGCAGACCUCCGAUAUGACUGGCCCCUCUAGUAAGCAGGCGAAAGUCACCUACAGCUGUAUUUACUGCAACAAGCAGUUAUUUUCCAGUCUCGCGGUUCUGCAGAUUCACUUGAAAACUAUGCAUUUAGAUAAGCCUGAGCAGGCUCAUAUCUGUCAGUAUUGCUUGGAGGUCUUACCCUCACUCUAUAACCUAAAUGAACAUCUUAAACAAGUGCACGAAGCUCAGGACCCCGGCCUGAUUGUUUCGGCCAUGCCUGCCAUUGUUUACCAGUGCAACUUCUGUUCCGAAGUUGUCAAUGACCUCAACACCCUUCAGGAGCACAUCCGAUGUUCUCAUGGGUUUGCCAAUCCCGCGGCCAAGGACAGCAAUGCGUUCUUUUGUCCCCAUUGUUACAUGGGGUUUCUCACUGACUCUUCACUUGAAGAGCAUAUAAGACAGGUCCAUUGUGACCUCAGUGGCUCCCGGUUUGGGUCUCCUGUGCUUGGGACUCCAAAAGAACCGGUGGUUGAAGUCUACUCCUGUUCCUAUUGUACAAAUUCGCCAAUAUUCAACAGUGUUCUUAAACUGAAUAAGCAUAUUAAAGAGAAUCAUAAAAACAUUCCCUUGGCCCUGAAUUAUAUUCACAAUGGGAAGAAAUCCCGGGCCUUGAGCCCUUUGUCCCCUGUGGCUAUAGAACAAACAACUCUUAAGAUGAUGCAGACUGUGGGAGGCGGGCCUGCCCGCGCCUCUGGAGAGUAUAUCUGUAAUCAGUGUGGUGCUAAGUACACGUCCCUAGACAGCUUUCAGACUCACCUCAAAACCCAUUUGGACACCGUGCUGCCAAAACUGACCUGCCCUCAGUGUAACAAAGAAUUCCCCAACCAAGAGUCCUUGCUAAAGCACGUGACCAUCCACUUUAUGAUCACCUCAACCUACUACAUCUGUGAGAGCUGUGACAAGCAGUUCACCUCCGUGGAUGACCUCCAGAAGCACCUGCUGGACAUGCACACCUUCGUCUUCUUCCGCUGCACACUCUGCCAGGAAGUGUUCGACUCCAAGGUCUCUAUCCAGCUGCACUUGGCCGUGAAGCACAGUAACGAGAAGAAGGUGUACCGCUGCACGUCCUGCAACUGGGACUUCCGCAACGAGACCGACCUGCAGCUGCACGUGAAGCACAACCACUUGGAGAACCAAGGCAAAGUGCACAAGUGCAUCUUCUGCGGCGAGUCGUUUGGCACCGAGGUGGAGCUGCAGUGCCACAUCACCACCCACAGCAAGAAGUACAACUGCAGGUUCUGCAGCAAAGCCUUCCACGCCGUCAUCCUGCUGGAGAAGCACCUGCGGGAGAAACACUGUGUGUUUGAAACCAAGACCCCCAACUGUGGCACCAACGGGGCCUCGGAGCAAGUGCAGAAGGAGGAGGCUGAGCUGCAGACCUUGCUCACCAACAGCCAGGAGUCCCAUAACAGCCAUGAUGGGAGUGAGGAGGACGUGGACAGCUCUGAACCCAUGUAUGGCUGUGACAUCUGCGGGGCGGCCUACACCAUGGAGACGUUGCUGCAGAACCACCAGCUCCGAGACCACAACAUCAGGCCCGGAGAAAGCGCCAUCGUGAAGAAGAAGGCGGAGCUCAUUAAAGGGAAUUACAAGUGUAACGUUUGCUCGAGAACCUUCUUCUCCGAAAACGGGCUCCGUGAACACAUGCAGACCCACUUAGGCCCGGUCAAACACUACAUGUGCCCUAUCUGUGGAGAGCGCUUCCCUUCCCUGUUAACUCUCACAGAGCACAAAGUCACACACAGCAAGAGCCUGGAUACCGGAAACUGUCGUAUUUGUAAGAUGCCCCUGCAGAGCGAAGAGGAGUUUUUGGAGCACUGCCAGAUGCACCCUGACCUGAGGAAUUCCCUGACUGGGUUUCGUUGUGUGGUGUGUAUGCAGACUGUGACCUCCACCUUGGAACUCAAAAUCCACGGGACCUUCCACAUGCAGAAGACGGGGAAUGGGUCCUCCGUGCAGACCACCGGGCGUGGCCAGCACGUUCAGAAACUGUAUAAGUGCGCAUCUUGCCUCAAAGAGUUCCGUUCCAAGCAAGAUCUGGUGAAACUCGACAUCAACGGCCUGCCAUAUGGUCUGUGUGCCGGCUGUGUGAAUCUCAGUAAGAGCAGUAGCCCGGGCCUCAGUCUCCCUCCUGGUGCCAGCAGGCCAGGCUUGGGCCAGAAUGAGAGUCUGAGCGCCAUGGAAGGAAAAGGCAAGGCGGGGGGACUGAAGACGCGCUGUUCAAGCUGCAAUGUCAAGUUUGAGUCUGAAAGCGAACUGCAGAACCACAUCCAGACGGUGCACCGGGAGCUUGUGCCAGACGCCAACAGCACACAGUUGAAAACGCCCCAAGUGUCACCCAUGCCCAGAAUCAGUCCCUCCCAGUCCGAUGAGAAGAAGACCUACCAGUGUAUCAAGUGUCAGAUGGUUUUCUACAACGAGUGGGACAUCCAGGUUCAUGUGGCAAAUCACAUGAUUGAUGAAGGGCUGAACCAUGAGUGCAAACUCUGCAGCCAGACCUUUGACUCCCCCGCCAAACUUCAGUGUCACCUGAUAGAGCACAGCUUCGAAGGGAUGGGUGGUACCUUCAAGUGCCCCGUCUGUUUCACAGUGUUUGUUCAAGCUAACAAGUUGCAACAGCAUAUAUUCUCUGCCCAUGGACAAGAAGACAAGAUCUAUGACUGCACACAAUGCCCACAGAAGUUUUUCUUCCAAACAGAGCUACAGAAUCAUACGAUGACUCAGCACAGCAGUUAGUUCAUGUAUGCACGGCCUCUCAAGGAGAAGGACUUUUGUGGCACAAAAAGGGAACAUGUUUUACUCUUUGCACGAAACUCCCAUUGUUAAUGUAUACUCUUCAGAAGCAUUGUAUUGUAUCAUACAACGUGUACUAUCAAAACUGUUGGAUGUUCAUGUGUUGGAACUUUUGAGCACCAGAUAGACAGACUCCUUGUAUAUAAAGUGUUGCACAUGUAUUAUGUCGUCGAUGCUAAAAUGGUCUUAUAAAGACAAGUGGACUUGGGCCCUAUUCAGGCAAGAUUUUCAAAGUGAACAAAAUGGCUUAAGAGAAAAUGUUUUCAAGGAAGACAGAACUUAAAUGAACUGUUCUCAUGUGACUAUGGUUGGACUUCCUUUUAUGUACACUUAAGCCUAGAAUUUCUCUUUUGGUAUAUCAAUGGUUAAAACCCAAGACUAUUUUUUACUGCUGGAGAUUCUCGUGAACUAUGAAGAGACAUUCUCACAGAACAGAACCCCACAUCUGGAUACGGCCCAUAUAUAUAUUUGUAAGCCUUGCAGUGUGACAGGUAGCCUCACCAUAUAUGCAAUAGUUGUUAUGUAGACUGUCAAAGAUUUUUUUUUCCUGGCUACAUUUGAAGCUUUGAGUGUUCAAGGUUUUCCUUAAUGAUUUCACACAGCCAAAUUCUUGAAUCAGUUGAACUAACCUGUAUGUUACUGCUCUCAAUGUUUACCCUGCGGCCUGAACCUGGAGAUUACUGGAAUUGUUUUCCAAGAGGAAAUAAAUUCAGUUUACCAUCAGCUGUGAGUGUAUUUGUGUGUUUUCCUUUUCUAGUUAGUCUUACCAUUAAGAAAGAAAGCAAGAAAAGGAAAUCUAAUGCCUGCACCCUUGGCUAUGAAACUUGCUCCAGAGCUGAUUGCAGGCAUAGCCUCAAUCAUAUUUAACCUUAGCACACCGGGCCAGAUGCAGCUGGGAAGAGAUCCAUCAUGCGGCACAGGAAGAAAGCAGACCCAGUCUAUUUGAACUGUCUUAGAUCUACCAGGUCACAUUGUACUUGAAGAGUCUGACAUCACAGAUGGAUGUGAUGGCUGUUUUCUGCAUAAUUUGCAGCCCAAUUCACAUCAUGCUGUGCAGAUCUGAACUCGUGGUGGAUGACUGCAAUUGGAGCGGCUGUUUGGCUUAUGUGUACUUAAGAAGCAGCGUCGUUCCAAAGACAAAGUGCAGAGCAUCAUCGAGUCAGAGGGCUGUUAGUUCUGCUUCUGCUGCCGACUCCCAGUGGAGCCUUCUCCAAAUGGCUUCAUCUCCUGGCCUGGGAUCACCCGACCAGGGAAGGUAAUGGAACUUGGUCAUCAGCCUUUCGACAGGGAGGAGAUGGCUCUAUGAGAUGCCUUCCGCAGCCUACCACAAAAUGCUGAAAAAGAGAAGCCCCUGAUUUCAGAGCUUUUUGUGCAAUUUUUUAAAGAUGAGAAGGGUGGCAUUGUGUGCCCUGGACCUUGAUAGACGUCAUUAGUCUGAGUAGUGUAAGUAUGAACUCCACACUCACGGAGCGCAUUCAUGGCAUCGUGCUUAAAAUGGUUACCACACUCUGAGUCCUAUGACCUCUUUUAAACUUGGAAGAUCUCAAGCAAAUAGCAAUAAUCACCACAGAACUUUGAGGUAAGAAAAAUGCAACCUGGACUGAUGGAUGUGUGACCCCUUGUCACCAAUGGACUAGCCUGUGACAGCCACAUCUCCAGCAUCACAACGCAGGGUCACUGCCCCAUGGUUCUAACCCUUAACCUCCUUGACAUUCCCUUGCAGGACUUGCUUGUUACAUCUUGGCGUGCUGGUCCCUGAAGCCUCAAGCUUGGGCUCUCCUAAGAAUUUCUGGGUAAUGCUGGUUGCAGACCACACUUUGAGAACCACUACCCUACCUCAUUCACAAGUCAUGGAAUGAACCAAGUGUGAAUAACCAAGCACAUGAUAUUAUUUGUUGUGUUUUCAAUAAAAAAAUUUUUUUAAA